AAACCAUCUCCUAUGCAAGGGGAGGAGCACUGACCAUCCCUGGAUCCCUGUGAGUGGAGGAGGAGGAGGGUGAGACACCUGCCUCAGUAAACAUACACGUCUCUCAGUCAAUCUCCCCUUCCACCUGGCAGGCUGUCCCCGCCUCUAUGCAGAAUACUGAGACAGAGAGAAGUGUGGCUGUGCAUGUCUUAGGAGGGAAGCACUGACUAUGGAGAUCCCCUGUACACACUGGCUGGACCCCAGAACCCCUCUCUUCCUGAUUUGCAUGGUGAGAAUGUGAUACCCUUUGUCAAUGUCUGCAUGUUCCCCCCACCUGGCAUGUAUUGUAUGUGCUUGGCACACUGUCAGACACUGCAUCUGCCUUACAUGGAGCACAGACAGCCUGACCUAAAUAUAUCUAUCUACCCAGGGCUUAACCAUGCAGAUCCAAUAGCUUACUGAGCUGCGACUGCUGUCUGAAAUGGCAACAACGUAUUUAUUAUACAUUGUCACUCCAACACAAAUUAACAGUCUCUGUAAUAUGUGCCCAGGGCAGGUCUGUUACUAUUCUUCCUUCCUUCCUGACUCACCUGUUCAGGUAACACAGGUAUACUAUAGGGAGGGCCCUUACUGGACUGCUACUGUAUAACCUGGUUCUGGGAUAUCUGUAAUUAUUAAUGCAAUACAAAUACUCAAUCAAUUGAAACUCGUAGUGAAAGCUGAACUCUAAUUUCUAUACAGGGUGUCUUACUGCCUAGAGGCAUAGUGUAUCCAUUUUUUAGGAGAAGCAUAUUCUAAUCUGUUUGAUAGCUAAACAUAUACUCCUGGUACUUGCCUAACCUAGAGAUAUAUAUAAAAUAUAUAUGUAAGAUUCAGUUUCACACAAAACAAAGAUAUAUUACUGGACACCACUUGUAUUGAGUGAGAGGGUAACUUGACCAUCAGAGCUACCGGCAUAGCAUUGGGGUGUGCACUUAAAGUAAAUGACUUACUAUAUACAAUUAUUUUACUCUAGCGAUGACCAGGUGUCAGAUAUAGUCAUUGUUUUUUUCUUCAAAAAGUAUAGUUAACAAGUAUCAGUUUUGGUUUAUAGUCGCUUAUAUUGGCUGUGAAGAUGUGACUCCUUUUAUGCUAAUUGCCCGUGAGAAUAAUUUGUUCAUUAUUAAAGGGGUCUGACAUUCAGCAUCUUGAUAAGUGAGCUUUUAGGUACCUUGGUAUACUGUUGGAUUGUGUUCAGUUACUCUGUACAACGCAUAAUUCCUUUUUAAUGUUUUCUUUUGGACUAUAUGAAACCUUGAUUUUCAAUAGCUGCAGAUCUUGUAUCUGCAGCAACUGCAAACCUUCUCAAAUUUACCAUGACAUAGAAUUUCCCUUCUGUGCUUCUCAUUGAGAAUCCUUGUAGGCCACUUGCUUGUGCAUGCCCCUGUCCAAUCACAGACUUCUCGGAGUCCAUUAAGAAGUCUUUUAAAGGCUGGAGCGCAGAAAACACUGGUCCUGAUUUCCCAGUGUGAUGUUCCCCAUUUUUAAUUUAUUUAUUUUUAAAAUGAAGAAACAAAGGUAUUGCAAUUGUAUUUAUCUAGGAGAGUCAUGCAGUAUUCAUUUGACGUUCUCCAUAUGAUUCUGACCAAUAUUUACAUCUCAAUGAAUAAGCAGAGCUAAACCUCACUCCAUCAAUUCCUCUUUAAAAUUAGUGAUGUUUUUAUAUAUAUAUUUUUUUUAAUAUAUAUUUAUAUUUGGACUACCUGUACCAUAACUGCAGAGUCGGUUAUCCAGCUUCAGUGCUGCUCUUGUCUGUGAAAUAUCCUUUUGAAAAUAAAACACGUGUGAAAAACACAAAAAUGAAAUAUAACUGACAGAAUAGAUUGAGGUUGGUGCUGAAAUGGUUAAAUGAAAAGUGUCAAAAUGCUCUUAGUUAAAUAUUCAUGGGGAAUUUACUUUCUACAAAUAUAUACAUUUGUGUUUCAGUUUUAUAUUUUGGGGCUACUUUUAAAGUGGUAAUCUCAGCGUACCAAAUUUUGCAGAGGUCUAGCCUAAAAAAAUACAAUUUACUCAUUGCAAUAUUAGUUCUAUAAUUUCCCCAAAAUUAUAGAAAUGCUAGACAUGUUGGCCAUUUUUAUAAUCAGGUGAAUCUAUUGUGAGUUGUUUUUUUUUAAUUGUAUUUGUUUUGUGGAAAUUAUUAAAUGCAAAACUGAGGAAACAUAUUUUUUCUUAAAGGGAUGCUAUAGUGCCAGGAAUACAAUGCCGUUUUCCUAGCACUAUAGGUUUAAUAAGUCCCCCCUUCCCUCGCACUCCCCCUCCCGCGCAGCUGAAGGGUUAAAACCCCUUCAGUCACUUACCUGAAUCAAGUGCCGAUGUCCCUUCGGUGCUGGGUCAGGCUCCGCCCAGGCUCCUCCCCUGCCGCCGUUAGCCAACGGGGGAGAACUAAUGUGCAUGCGCGGAAAUGGCCGCGUACACAUUAGACUUCCCUAUUGGAAAGCAUUAUUAAAUCUUGUCUUUUCCCAUCAAUUGUCACAUUCCAUAUCAGAUAGUAAAACGCAAGGGCAGCAGAGAUUAAUCAAUAUCUGUGUUUUACUAUGUUUUGCUUUUUCUGUAUGCGUGCAUGUAUACACUCAUCCAGAAUUAAUCUUGAAUUCCAAUAUAACUCCAAGCUAUGUAUAGGAAGUUUUUCAUAAGGGUUACAUUUUUAUGAAAAAUCAGGAGUGACAGUUCUACAUUUAAAAGUAAGGUGCCUUGUAGAGAGAUUGGCACUGUUUUGGCACCCUUAAUGAAUAUACAAAUAGCAACAUUUGGUGACUAUGCUUAGGCACCUGUAAGGAGGAGAUAUGUGUAGAGAAAAUUGUCUUAUAGUAUAUCCAACAAAACAGCCCUUGUUGCUUUAGAAAGACUGAGCACCAUUAGGCAGACUUAUAUGGUGUUGUACAGGUAUUAGGUCAUUCAUUCCAGUAGAUAGCAUGAUCCUGAGAACACAUACUUUAUAGUAGUUAAGAGAGCAGUCUGUUGAGUCAGACAAGGGUGUUGGUGAACGAUAAGAUAAAUAUUAACAAGAGGAAUAAUAAAGUCAUAUAAGCCAUGUAACGAUACAUUGCCCUGUAAUUGUAAAUGGAAAAUAAAGCAAACACAUUGAACCAUGGCUCAGAAUUGCAAGUUCUGUAAGUAGGGGGUGCUUCUUCUUUGCCACUAGCCCAACUGCCCAUGCCGGUAGCCCAGUUAAUUUCUUAUGCUACCGUAACGAUCCCUUCCUGAGGCCCCUAUCACAAUCUUUUAAUGGCAGAAGCCUAGCCCCUCUCCUUUGCGACAAGCACAAAUCGACCCCUGUGCCAUUAGCACCAUCCCUCCUCUGUGCCACUAGAAAAAAACCCACAUGACUGGAGCCCAGGUUUUCACUCUGCACUACUGCAAUCCCCAUGUCCCGUCCCUCCCAUGUGCCAGUAAUUACUGAUGUACUUUGGUGUUAGUGUGGCUAGCUAAAGAUUCCAUACAUGUUACUGUGAUCAGAACAAUACAGCACUCACAUGGCUAGCAAUUUAUUGAUACAUGAUGCGAAUCCUAAAAUUCACCAACUCAUUCAUGCUGAAGAUUCUUUUUCCAGUUUAUCCAUUUGACCUUCUUUUUGCAAGUAGGGUCUUAACUCGCUUAUUUUUGUUCUUUACAUUUUUUUUAAUUGUUUUAAAUAAUAGAAGAAUAUCAUGGGUGUCGGAGUUCCAUUUCCAAACACCCUUAAUUUUUUUUUAUUUAGAAAAAGAAAACUAAAUGUGAUGAUAAAGUAAAACAAUAUUUAAUUUACACGAUAUGUAAAAAAAUACUUUUUGUUAUGGUGCCUAAACUGUCCCUUUAACUAAUACAACAUUCAUACUAUCUGUACUAUAGUUGGUUCUGAAUGAAAUGUUCAAAAUAAAGUUAAUAAGAAUCCGGAAAAUAUUGCAGAUGAGGAUUUUAUGUUUAUGUUUCAACAAAAUGUAUACUUUGGGAAGCACAUUUGUAACAUAUUUCAAAAGGGAUUUUUUUUUUUUUUUUUAAACAAUAAAUAAAUAUUAUUAGUUCCUACCAAACUGAAACAUAAUUAGUUUUUGCUUAAAAAAUACAAAGCUAUAAAUGAGGGACAAGUUAUCAAUAUUCUGAUCUUUGACGGCAAAGUUUAUGUAAAGUCACUGGCUAAUAGUGAGCAGCUAAAAUUGAAGAUUAUGCUAGCUUUAGUGUACUAAUAAUCUUAAUUUUAAUAAGGACAGGAGGCGAGUAUUUUGCAUUAACUCUCUUUACUAAACUCCACAGCAGUAAAGAAAAACGUAAAGAGUAACAAAUAAAUCACUGAGCAGCAUAGUAUAUAAGGGUCAUGCUGCCUGUACACUUCCUCUUUCUUAAAGCGACAUCCAAGUCCAGAUAGAGCUCGAACAUCCAGAAACUCAACGAAACAGUAACUGCGGUCUCUGGCGAGCGGAACUUGAGGAGACUCCUGGUAACGAGAUAGGAGGAAAGACCAAACAAAGCCGUCAUCCCAUCUUACGGAGUUGUGAGGUUAACGAACCAUCGACCAGUGGAGGUCCUGAAGAGGGUUACACUGAAAGGAGAGUAUAAAAUCGGUUAGGUACUGAACCGUAACUGUUCAUGCCUGUGGGCUUUAACAGAAUGGUGUAAAUUAAACAGUACAGACAGAUUGUAAACUGGCCAUAGGAUAAAUAUGUGUUAGGUGUAAGCAUGUUGUACAACUAAACUGUCCGUCUAGGUGGAAACACUGGGGAUAGAGAUGGAAGGGAUACCGAAUAUGUCCAGAAGAUAGUGGAACUACUAAUAUGAAUCCCAAAGUCCAUCACCUUAAGAUCCACUCCCCCGAGGAGUCAGGGUAGGGAACAAAAGGGAGGGAAAAUACUCGCCUCCUGUCCUUAUUAAAAUUAAGAUUAUUAGUACACUAAAGCUAGCAUAAUCUUCAAUUUUAUAACAUGACAGGAGGCUUCCUAUUUUGCAAUUUUAACGCUGAAGAAGUGACAUCCCAGCAGAAGGGGGAGUGCGAAAAUAAAAUGUACGGAAAGUGGAUUCCCUAGACCAGUCCGCCGUUCGGAGAAUAUCCGAGAGGGACGCCCCUGCCAGGAAGGCUGAUGAAGCCGUCGCACCGCGAACGGAGUGGGCGCCGAACGCGGGAUCUAUACCUGCGAGGGAAAGGAUCCAGCGUAUUCAUUGGGCCAGUGUGGUGACCGAGACUGGGGCGUGAGGGCGCACGUAGGAGACUAGGAGUUGGCCCGACGUAGAGGAUCGGAGUGAGGAGGUAACGGAAACAUACCUGCGAAGGGUGGACACGACACAGAGUUGCGGGUCGUCGGGGGAAAAAGGGGUAGAAGACCGAAGUCGAACCCGACCUAGUGCGGCGGGAAAUGUGGAACGUGACCCCUUCCGGGGCCACCUCGAAAGCGUCCACGUCGAAGGCCCUAACAUCCGAAACCCGUCGGAAAGAUACUAGACAAAGGAGAAAGCGCACUUAGCGGAUAGUUGGCGUAGGGAGAGGCGGUCAUUCGGAAGCCAAUCCCUGAAAAAACGGAGAACCAGUCCCACAUCCCAUAGGUGAGGGUAUCUGGGGGCCGGGGGGCGGCGGAGCCGCAUACCACGGAGUAGACGGCAGACCAGAGGGUCUUUGCCGACCGGGAGAUCCCCGACGGGGGUGUGAGCCGCUGAAAUCGCGGAGCAAACGACGUUGACCGAACGGUAAGAGCGGCCAGAUGAAAACAAGGAGGAAAGAAAAUUAAGAAUCAUGGGAAUAGGUGCAGUAAAGGGAUCGGAGUCCCGUUCCAUGCACCAAGUAGACCCGGAGGCCCAAGCUGAAAGGUAACAGCGUCUAGUUCCCGGGGCCCAUGAGUCCCAUAAGAGGUCCCUAGCAGUCUGCGAUAGUCCGCUGACUCGCCAGGAACCCCGGAAAGAGACCAAGCCACCAGGGGUAGCCGGUCUUCCAGGAGUAGUGGGUGGAGAUACCCUUUGGGAUCCGUGAGCAGGUCCGGGAAGUAUGGAAGGAGGAGAGGGUCCCUGUAGGAGGAGGCCAGGAGGUCCGGGAACCAUAGUUGGCUCUGCCACAAGGGCGUUAUGACAACCAGUUUGAUCUGUUGCGUCCGCAUCUGGUGUAGUGUUCUCGCAAUCAUGGAGAAUGGGGGAAAGGCGUAGGCUCCUGUCAUCGGCCAUUGUUGGAGAAAUGCGUCUGUCGCCUUGCUCUCCGGGUCCGGGAGCCAGCUGAAGAACUCCGGGGUCUGGUGAUUGUUGCGAGGGGCAAUAGUCGAAGAUGUCCCUUGUGAUAUCCGACAGUAGGCGUGAGCGAGCGCCUCCCAGAUGGUUGAUGUACUGGACUGCGGAGACAUUGUCCAUGCGCAGGAGGAUGCAGCAGUUGGAUCUUUCCCGGGCCAGGCUGCGGGUCGCAAAGGAUCCCGCCAGGAGUUCGAGACAAUUGAUGUGCAUGGAGAGCUCCUGUGCCGUCCAUGUCCCUCCCGUGGAGAUGGUUCCGUUGGUGGCACCCCAUCCCCACAGGCUGGCGUCUGAUUCCAAUACGAAGUCUGGAGUGUCUCCGAAUAUGGCCUUGCCGUUCCAGGCUUGCAUGCUGUCCAGCCACCAUGAUAGUUCUUCGCGAACCUCCGUCGUCACCGGGACGGGUUGGUCGUAAGUAGGUCUGUGGCGUAGGUAUUUCGCCUUGAGACGUUGCAUGGCCCUGUAGUGGAGGGGACCUGGAAAUAUGGCUUGAAUGGGAGCAGAGAGGAGACCUACAAUCCUGUCCAGGUUGCGUAGUGGAAUGGAGUCGAGACGGAGAACCCUGCGAAUCUCCUUGCGAAUGGCUGUCAUCUUUGAGGCUGGUAGUCUCAGAGUGCAUGUCGUCGAGUCGAUCUCGAAGCCGAGGAAUUGUAUCGUCUGAGUAGGGGUCAGUUCCGAUUUGGGUUGGUUUACCACGAAACCCAGAGAUUCCAGUAGGGACACUGCCAAGUGAGUGUGUUGGCGUAGUCUGUGUUCGUCGGAGCAGAAAAGGAGAAGGUCGUCUAAGUAGAUGAUGUAUCGACUGCCCCUGGAUCUCAGGUGGGCCACCACUGGUUUUAGAAGCUUGGUGAAGCACCAUGGGGCUGAGCUGAGCCCGAAAGGGAGGCAAGUGAAUUGCCCAGGGCGUCCGUGCCAGAGGAAACGUAGGAGUGCUCGACAGUCCGGGUGCACCGGGACUGACAGAUAUGCAUCUUUCAAAUCGAGCCUGGUGAACCAGUCGUUGCUUCGAAGAAGGUCUCGCAGGAGGUGGAUGCCCUCCAUCUUGAAGUGGCGAUAGACCACAUGUGCGUUGAGGGCGCGUAGAUUGAUGACCGGUCGGUAUUCUCCUGACUUUUUCCGAACCAGGAAGAUGUUGCUGAAGUAACCACCCUCGUCGUGGGCCGGCUGGAUGGCCCCUUUGUCUCGGAGCUCGCGUAGCUCCGCGUUGACGAGGUUGUGGUCGGAGGACGACAUGUGGAUGGGGCGAGGGGGCUGAACCUGAAAGGGGGUCCCCACUAGGUCUAUGAUAUAUCCCUGUACUGUUUGUAGGAUCCAUGUGUCUGAGCAUAGGGCGGCCCAAUUCUGGAAAGAAAGGGAAAUACGGCCCGCAGUGCGGGUGCAUGGUAACAGUGGAGGAAUAUGGGUCCUUACCUGCAGCAAAGCGGGAACGCCCGCGUCCGCGGGGUCCACGACCUCUAUCCGAGCCUCUGGAAAAGGGUUGCUGCCGAUAGUCCCUUGUCGGGUAGGACGGUGUUGGUUGGGUGCUGGGGCCUGAAGGCCAAAAGCGGCUGGCGGCACGGCCCCGCUGCCGGCCAGCCCUUCCAAAAACCCCUCUGGUAGGGUUGCUCCUGAAAACUCUGCGCAUAGAGGAUUGCGCCUUAUUAAGGGAGGUGAACACGUUUACGUGUUUAUUGAGUUCCUUGAGGAACGGUUUGCCAAAUAGUUUUCCUUGUGCCUGGGGCCCAAUCUCCUUUGUGCCAAGGUCUGCCAAUUUACCGUUAAUACGGUAUAACGCUGCUUUUCGUCUCUCCGAAGAGAGCGUAACAUUAGUGUUUCCAAUGAAACAAAACACCGUUGUGCCCAUUCACGAACGUCAUGUGCCCAUUCCCUGAUGUCCUCGGCAGAGAAGAGCAGGCCUCGGCUUCCUAGGGCGAGGGUCUCUACCACUGGCAUCAUGAAGGUCGACAUGACCUUGUCCUGAGCGACCUUAUCCGGCAGGGAAGGGCGUGGGCAUUCAGACCUGAGUCGGCUGCGGACCUCCUUCUCCAGAGGUUUGCGGAGCCACAGGUGCAUAAACCUGGAAAGGUGUUCUGGAGGUGACCAGUCACCCGAUCUGGGGUGCCAUAUGUUGCGGGGGUCGAACAUCGCCUGACCUGAGGGGUCCAAAAUGGUGUCUGAUUCUAGAGGAGGUUCUGCGUCCGCAGUGUCCUCAACACCUCCAGUCUGGGCAGCACCCAGGAGGGUCUCCCGCAUGAAAGCGGAGACAGAUUUCUCGUCCGAGCCCCAUGCGUCGUAGUCCGACUCACAAGCGUCAGCUUGCCAUUCAUCCAGCACUGACAUGGACUGGGCAGGGCCCUGCUCUUCAUCUGAAGAGUACUCCUGACGCGGGGCCGGGGUGUGUAGUUUGGCAGAUUUGCGCUUGGCAGGUGCCUUACCCUUAGGCGGUUUGGGUGCAUAAUCCUCGCCUUUGUCAUGGCGCUUUUUAGGGCGGGAGUCAUCCCUUGUCUGAUAGUCGGACAAGUCGGAAUCCGAUUCGUGGCGUGUACGUCUGCGGGUUUUUGGUACGUCAGGAGCCGGAGCUCGGGCCUUGGAGAGUGCCUUCUCCACAGAGGCAGCGACAGCUGCGUUAAUCAUAGCCUGGAAGUCCACAGGGACGUUCUGGGAAACUUCCAUGUUAGGGUAGGCUGAUACGUCACUGAAAGGCACAGCAAUAAACGGGCACCCAGGUCUUGAUAAUAGGCGUAGGGUCAGAUUUGAUAGUAUGGUGGGACCAAGCCCAGAAUAACCCCAGCAGGGUAUAGUAGUGACCUUAUAAACUGGGGCUCACCCAGUUAGAGAGAACUGCAACAGCUAGUCUCCCAGUAAGCAGCGUAUUUAUAGUGGGGGCUCACCCCGGUUGCACAGGGUUGGGACCCUUAAGUGCAGGUCACAGUAAUAAACAGGCAGCAGCACUGACCUGACUGACCCAGCCACAGGAUAUAGCUUGAUAGAAGCAGAUGAGGCACAGAGGCUGAGUAGCAGAGUGAUAGCAGCUAGAUGGAGUGCUGAGCAGGUAAUCCUUCAGUCACAGUGUGAGACACAAAAGGUGUGAAAAACAGCAAUGCAGAGGUAACAGCAAGUUAGCACAGCCACACUGAGUCCCCAAUGAGAUGCACGAGGCAAAACUAAGGUGGCCGCGGGAAUCUUGCGAUGUCCGCGAUCCAAAAUGGCGGCCGCGAGGUAGGCCGCAAGCCGGGGACUAAAUUUUGAGGCAGGCCGGCGCGAAAACGGCCGCGAACGAUUCCGGCCGCAAGGAGGGAGCCCAGGAGGGCACUCCAGGUUAGGGGGGCAGUGGGGGGACCUGGGGAGACUGAGGGGAGGCCCAGGGAAGGUCCCAAAAUAAACAGAGGGCAGAUAAGAGUAUAGAAACCCACAGAGAGCCCCUAGUCCCACAGCCCAGUACAGAACAGAAAUAAAAGGGAAUAAAUUAAAGUAAUAAUAGUGAUAAUAACAAUAGAAUGGAACAAAUAGAUAAUGACAAUAAAUGUAUAAAUGUAUAAAGCUCCAGAGGAGCAGAUAUUCUGACCUGUCUGCGAUGGAGCAGUAAAGAAAGAGGAAGUGUACAGGCAGCAUGACCCUUAUAUACUAUGCUGCUCAGUGAUUUAUUUGUUACUCUUUACGUUUUUCUUUACUGCUGUGGAGUUUAGUAAAGAGAGUUAAUGCAAAAUACUCGCCUCCUGUCAUGUUAUAAAAUUGAUGCAGAUGAGACCAGCAGUACGGAGUUCGUGAACACUCCCUACACACACCUUGUGUACGCCUAUCUUAUUACCAGCAUUAAAGUAGAAAAUCAGUAAUGGGGAAUGCAAUUUAAACAGCUUAACAUUUAACCUUUACAGUGCCUGAGGGUCAUAUAUUAUCUCACCCUCGAAUGCAAAGGAUUCAUUGUCUCGUUAAGCAAUCCAAUAGCAUAUUAAAACAGACCGAAUUAAAAUUGCUUUCUCUCUCCAGGUUCCAUUGCUGUGUUUCGCGAAGGAGACCACAUGCAUUUCAAAAGAAACCAAGCAACCAUUUUUGUAUGAGGAUUUUGUGAGGCUUCACAACUUGCCAAAAUACGCUGCUGACUCAGACAUUUCUGUGGAAUACAUGUGCACCAGGCCUUGCACGAUCCACGUCGAUAUCAUGGCUUCGUCUGAAUUCAAGACAGGAAUUCUAGUGUUCAAAAAGCGUUGGAAAAACAAAAAAUAUCUCAGAGCGACGCGGACACGUACAGUGAGCUUGGUGUUUCCGAGCAUCACGGUUUAUCGUACUGACUAUUUUUCCAAAAACUCCAUUGAUGUAUAUUACUCGGUUGUCAGAGCCUGGGUGGUGCACAAUGACAAUGUAAGAGCAGGUGCAAAAUACAGCGAAAGUAUUUUAAACGCGACAGCGAAAACCUUUGCUGUGUUAGAACAAAUUCCACUUCUUCAACGUCCUUACAGAAACCACCAGAUAUGUUUAUCAUGGUAUUUUGAAGUUACAUGGAUGAAAAGAGAACACUCAUUUUUUACCUGCCCAUAUGAAACUGGUGGGUAUGAAAAGAACAUCAAUUUUAUGCAAACAAUAAUGUAUUUGUUCCUGGAGUGAUUUUUUAUUAACUUUGCAAUAAAAUGUAUAAAGAUCAAUUUGAGACAAAGUUUUAAGGUGGAGUAAUCCCUUUAGAAAACAAGACUAUUUCUGCUGAUAGCUUCACUUAAAGAACAUUUCUCCAUAAUUGUUCUUUCUCUAUAAGCACCAGUGUGCCUUUAAGCGGAUUUGACAUCUGUAAAAUUGAGGUUAUGUAUAAAGAGAUAUUCAGUGGAGUCUUUACCAUAGACAUACCAUUAGUUUCCAUAGUCAUUUGUCCACUUUAAAAAACUUCCCCCUGUAAUUGUUUUUCUUGGUGAACAUUUAGAACAUUGCUCAGUAACUUUCUACAUAUACAUGAAAUGCAUGGAUUGCAAAGUCCACUUAGGGGCAGCAGAUGUAUUAAACAUUGAUUCCUUUACCUAAAGGUUACUACCAACUAAAUCUAUCGUUCUGCAUUCCUGCACUUUCAUUAUGCAGACGGCACCAUCACAGCUUGCCACACCUGCAUCAGCAUGCAAUACAGUGCUUCCCAUAUAAUCCACAUGUUGCAGGUAAAAAACAAAGUCCCUCUGUGUGCGCGUUUUAGGGACUUUGUUUUUUUUUGGGCCGCAACAUGUGGAUUAUAAUUGUUCUUUAGUUUGUGUUGGCUUUUAUAAAAUGUUGCCUAUUUUAUGUGACAGACGAUUUAGACAUGUGUAUUGUUAGAUUUUUAUUACAGUGCAAUGCUAUGCGAGAUGCCAUCACCCCACAUAUAUUUUGGGGUAUACUCUGUAAGGGGUGAUGGUGCUAUUUUAUAGAUGGAGUGGGGACAUUGUUCCUCUUGUGUACCAGAUGAACUUGCAAUUCCUUUGACACUAUUUAGCAGGAUGAUGUUAUUAUGGUUGGUACUAUGUAGAACUAGGGGAACCUUGUUGUAUUUUCUCAAAGAUAUUUGCUAUUUUAUCUUGGUAUGAAUGAUUCUCUGAUAAAAAAAAAAAAAAGCUUUCAUUUCGCCAUGUUCUCACUAGAUAAAUAUACCAAGAUAUUAUAGAAUGGUGCAUCACAUCAAGUGAUACUGUAAUGCAUAGGGUUGAUUUGGGUUGGUUAUCUUCAUUCAUUUAUCUCUUUAGAUGCAGUGAAAGUGCUUGAUUUUCCACUUGCAUCCAGCAGUGAGCACAAUGGCAUUAUCAUGAUGUUCAAUAGAUUUAGGAACAGGGAGCUGGAGUUAAGAAGACAGCAGCUCACGGACAAUAAUGCAAAGUAAGGAAUUCCAUAUUCAAUCUGUUUCUCUUUCCAAACUGACUUUUAUCCUAAAGUUUGCAACUCAAGUGUAAACUCACUUCCCAGCGAAUUAACCCCCUAUUGAUAACUCCAAACCACGAUAGCAGCUCAACGUGCUCACUCUCUUUUUGUAAAGUGACAAUCAGACAGGUGAAAGGGUGCUUUUCCUGAUCACUUACUCAGUGAUCACAAAUUCAGUGCUUCUCUUUGACAAGUAUUGUCAGAUGCGGCUGUGUCCCAAUUUUUCCAUAUGUGAAGCAUCAGAUAAGAUUGGUAGAUCAGCAGUCUUAUUGAUCUUCCAGAGAACGGAACAGAAUUGAGGCAAAAGCCUUCUCACUAAAGUUUAGAAAUAUAUAUAUAUAUUUUUUUUUUUACAGGAGGUUUGGGGCAAAGGAAACUCCCCAGCAGUGCAGCAUUAUAAACAAAUGUAUUUUAUAUGAGUCUCUAGUGUUCCUUUAAUAUUAGUGCCCGGUAUCGUUUUUGUCACAUAUUUACAUUUGUUUCUCUUUCCAGGGAAGAGAAAGAGCUUAGUCCAAAUUGUGUUUUCAUUAAAUGCAUACUGCACAUACAAUACAGCAAAAAUUAACACAGUAGCCUUUAAAGGAACACUAUACCAUUAGGAAUGCAAUCCUGUAUUCCUAACGCUAUAGUGCCCCUGUCCCUACUUAUUUGCAGGUUCGCCUUCACAUGUCCAAUAAAAGUUAAUAAAUAAUUAAUAAAACUUCCACUCGCAAUUUUUCAGUGCAAAGGCUUCUUCCGUGCUGCUCACCUCUCCACUUCCUGUAACAUCAUUAAGGAGGCAUGGCCUCAUCCAGCAAUAGUCCAAUCCAAUGCUCCUCAUCGAGAAGCAUUGUUGACCUGAUGCGCAUGUACGGCAAGUGCCACGUGCGCAUCCAAGCUUCCCCGUAGGAAGGUAUAGUAUUCAAUGCGUUCCUGUAAACUUACGCAUCACGUGACCUAGUUUUAGUCAGUCAGUGCAGCAGAAGCGCUUCUGCUGGCUGUCAGGAAGAUUUAACUCUGCAAUGUUAACUUUAAACUUUAUAACAAAAUGUAAUGAUUUACAUUGCAGGGUUAAAAGGACAGGGGCACUGAACCCAGACCCCUUCAAUGAGAUGAAGUGGUCUGGGUGACUUUCGUGUCCCUUUAUCUGAAAGUUCCACCUGCCUGACUCAUAGGUCUUAGGUGCUGUCCUAUAGCUGCAAUGAUCUUUGCAAAUUCUUGCAGCUAUAAUGUAGUGUGAGAGCUGAAUGUAGGUACAAGGUACUAUGACAAUCAUGCACAUUUAUUAUAGUGCUAAGACCCAUUAAUCUGCUCAUUAUUUAUGUUUUCGGCCUGCAUACCCAUUCCGUUAUAGUACAAAUUAAGACAUAUAUUUCAUGAAAUAAAUAAAAUUGUCACAUGUCAAUUGUCAUGUUAAUUAAAUUUAUUUUGGUUUUCUUUUUUUGUGUGCAGAUUUACAUUUUCAGCCUGGAUCUUUUUGUUAGAUUUUUGCCCUAGCAAGGAAUGUGGAAUCAUCCACCAUGUUGAUUCUAAAAAGAUGUACACCACCCCCUUGUUGUUUCUAAAUCAAAAAGGCAAGUAAACGAUUAUUUUUAAAGCUGGAUGUGUGUGAUAACCAUGAUCUCUUUUUUUUUUUUUUUAAACUGAAAAUGUUUCACUUACACUACUCUUGGAGCAAUACGUGUUUUUAUUAUAUAAUGUUUAAAUUAGAUAACAACCUUCUUAGCACUACAAAUAUUUCUAUGAAGCUUCAGUGUCACUGAUUAAUUCAUUUCUGAACUAUUGCAUGGGAUUUUUGAUGUUCCAGCAGUGCAAAUAUAUUUGUGGAAUAUAGUUUAAAAAGUUGAGACUAUCUUCUACAUGUGUUCUAAUUAUUCAGUGAGUUCUUUUGGGCUCAUGGAGUGCAAACAAUUUGUCCACUUUAAUUCCACCAUAAUAAGUUUCUUAUGUUUUUAGCAUGAUUACUCAAAAGUAAAAUUCACUCUAAUUCCAUGUUGAGCCUCUCUCCCACUCGUUUUUGGGGAUACCAGGUACAAUUCCACAUAAAGUGCAGUGUGAGCAAUUCCUUAGCAUUCUAUCAAUUUGGCUGUCAGAUACGCCACGUUGGCACACCCCUUUGCGCUUGUGUAAUUUGCAUGCCCUCAUGCUGAUCCUGCCUAUUCCCACAUUGGUAACUCACAUGCCAGUAUUGAUAAGUACACUAACAGCAAACUUUUAGCUGGACAUUAGGAUGUACUAUUACUUUCAAAGUGCCAGUUCCUGUUUUAAGAAACACUGUUGCAAACUGCCUGAUUGUGUUUUAUGCAAUUCCUGCAAAAAUGUAAUAUUCAGUUGAAAUACAAUUGUUGAAGAGAAUUAACAAUACAUUGAUAAUCAACAACAAAAGCUACAAGGAAUACAGAGAUAAUAUCUGAUUACAGAACAAAUUUAAAGCAUUACUCCAACCACCAUGACUACCUCAAUGAUUUGAAUUUGUAAUGGCGGUACGAGUCAGUAUGCGCAGUGUUUCUGCUUGAAACAUAGCACAUACAGAGAUAUUGUUAUUGUGUAGUUGCACCCCACCACACAUGACUUAGGCAGCUAAAAAACAUUUUUUCCGGGCUGCCUAAUGUCAAUAUUGUGCAUAUUUAACGUCUGUCAUCAGCGCAGCUGCACACUGCUGACAGCUGUGAAAAUCUUACCCUUGCAAGUCUGAGUGCCUGAAAGUGGAAGCUAACUGUCCCUUACCAUCCACCAAUCCACAUUGCGCUCCCUCCCCCUCGCUCUGUGCACGCAUGCACUCUGAGCCGGGGAAAUGGUCGAAUCACAGGCUUCUCGUAGAGUGAAACCUUUUAUUUGUAGGAAUUACUGGAAAUUGAGAGGGGGGGCCUCCCCCUCUCAAAAGUGUUAUAGUAACCCUUUAAAGCAAAGAAAUAUAUUUAUUUAAUCUAUCGAACAAAUGUGCAGUAAAUGUUAUGCAGUUUAUUUAAAAACGUGUAAUGGUAUUUAUCUAUUCUUCUAUUGUACCAGGUCAAGUUCAUGUCCAGGUACAACUUGUUACUGGAGUCGAUGUAGCCAUGUUGGCCAAUCUCCAGAUUCCUCUCUAUAAGUGGUUUCGGCUUGACAUGACCGUUUACGGAAGAAAGGUAUUGCAUUGUCUUGUGUUUUUAUUAAUCCGUAAUAACUACUUUUUAUAUUUUAGUUUAUUUAGUUUCACUAAUAUAUUCUUUUUUUAUAUAUAUAUAUAUAUAUAUAUAUAUAUAUAUUUUUUAAAUCCAUUUUCAUGCCAAACACUUUGCAAUGUUCCCCUGAGUAAAUGAUAAUAUAUUUAAUACUACUAGUCUAUUGCCUGGUUUGCCAAACUUCCUUUUACAUAUCAGAGCUGAAUAUGAUAUUCUCAGCCACAAUAUGGAAAAGAGGUAUCUCCUGGGGGCUUUAACCCCUCCAUACAUAUACAUAUGUAUUAUGAUAGUUAUAGCACCUCAAUUGUCAUGAAGGAGUUAAUAGGAUUUAAAGGCGUGAUGCAUUCACCACCAGUGGCAACAGACUGAUUCUCCACCCCUUGUAAGGGUUUAACACUUGAUCCUUUGCUGGUAAGAGGGAGGAGUGCAUGCAUUUGCACAGGUACAAAGUAUACUAUAGUAGUGCAAAGCCCCUACCUUGAAUAGGGACACAGAGUUUUCUUUUCCCUUACAUCUCUGGUCAGAAAUAUAAACCUAUUUGUACAUUUACAGAUCAACUGUAUCUGUCAUAAGGUCGAUUUGUUAUGCAAAAAAAAAAAAUUCUGUCUUUACUGAGCUGGCCAAAUUGUAAGAAUUUGCAAUAUUAACAGGUCAAGCUGAAAUAAUCUUUACAUGCUAGCAUUUCUCAGUGUCUAGAGAGGUUACCUGCACACUAGGCAUUGUGGGAUGCUGCACAAAAGAGGAAAGCACCUGUUAUCUGCUUGAAUCAAUUAUUAAAGCAAUUAGGGUAGAUGUGGAAAAUAGCUUUAAAUAAAAAUAGCUCUAAAUCUACAUUUUUUGGAAAUGUCUCCAGCAUAAUGUGUAGAUUAACUUUCUAUAAUUACCUGAAGGGGAUGUCUGCAGUUACACAUGUGGCAUGUCACAGGUCAUGUUACACAGACAUGGAUAAUCAGGGGACAUUCCUUUAAGCAUUUACUACAUUUUUAAAAUGUGGCUUGUUUAAACAUCUUACUCCUUUUAUUAUUUUUUUUCCCCCCUUUAAUGUAUUUCUAUUCUCUUUUUGACUCUUUUUAGAUAAUGUUGGCAACACAUAUCGGAACAGACCUGCAACGUAACGGUCAUCAAACCUUCAAGUAAGAAACCAAUAAUUAGUUACAUGUUAUUUUUCAACAAAUUUACAAAUAAGUGUAUUAAUGUAUUACCAGGAGACCUACCCUGCUCUCUAGACUGCUACCUGAAGGAGACACAGUGGCCAAGAACUGAAUAGGGAGCCAUGCGACAGGGCAGUGUAGGGGUAGAAAAGUGCAGCACACAUAAAUACAUAACUAACAAUUAAAUAUUGGAUUUCAAGGCCUCUAUAUUGCCCCUUAAUAAAAGGUGAGGGGACCCCAUAGCCUGCCGCUCUGUUUCACAAUGGUCCGCAUGUGGUUGACUACUGGUGGUGGGGGAGGGUUUUCAUUAUUGUGUUCUGCACGCAGGUGGAUGAAAUCAGGAGCACAAUCAUACAAUAUUUCUAUACAAAGUAUAGAUUUAAUUUCAAACUUCAACAGCUGGUGUUAUUAUUAAAGAUAGUGUCACUUCCCAGGAUUUUUAACUUUAUCUUUAGUUAUACAUCGUUAGCGUUAUUCACUUAAUAAUAAUAAUUCAAAGUUAAUUUUUAAAUUUAACGUCAAACUAAGUUUGCUCUGCUUUCCAUUCCACUGCACUGCCCUUCAAUUUGAAAUUCACAUUGAAUUCACCUUAAAUUCUCACUUAAGUAAAUAACCUUGUAUAUUUACAAAAAUAUGUGUUUGUGACAAAGCACAAUUAAAUCUACAAAUCUGUACAUUCAUCCUGGACUAGAGUGCCUCCAUCUUGGCUUUUCUGUCAUCAUGUGCCCUAGCUGUGCCCUGAUCACGCUGGAUUGUGACGUGAAUUACUCAAUUUUUCAAUUACAUUUAAAAGAAAACAGAAAAGAGCCAGACUAAUGGUCCAAAAUAUACCAAGCAAUACAUUCUAGAGAUUAAUGCGGGGAUGUUGGAACAUUGCUACACAUCUGGUGGUCAAAACCGAAAAUCUAAACUUACUGGGACAGGGUAACCAACCUACUUUCAGCAGUAACAAAUAACAUACAUGCCCCUUCAGAAACUUUUAUAUUAUUGCUCUUUCCAAGUCAGCUGUCUAACACAGUAAAAAUAAAUAAAUAACAUACUAAGUGCUAAUUGCGGAUCUGUUACUGAUAGUCAGACACUGGGCAUCACAACUGAUCCCAUCCUGCAGAGAUAUGAUACAUUAAAUACCGAUUAACUGCUCGUAUGAAAAAAUAGCAACAACUCCAUAACAAUACGGCCACAAAAGAAGCAUGCAAGUUGUGGGAUUUUUUCCACUCAAAUCAACAAAACAUAACAAACCCAUCACACGUAGUAACACAUGGAAAUCCUAGUUACCAAUUACCAAACAAGGCAGAAAUCACAACACUUAUUAGAUUUGACCAGAAGAUUGAAACAAUAGAAAGGAAACCAGCGAUAGGUAACUCAAAAUCAUGUUUUUUAGAGCCACCCACAAAAUUUGGGGAAUCACUUCAACACAACUCCCGACUCUUUUCCUUUUUCUUUCCUUAUUUUCCUCUGUAUUCAUCACUACCCACUUUAAUAUUUCUGUUCCGUUGACGUCAUGGACGGAAUCCGGUAUAAUUUUGCUUUUGUAACUAAACAACGAAAGUACGUUUCACGAGCAAUGCUGUAGCUCACUUGGAAAUGGUUGACUGUAUUUGGUCAACACUUCUGUCUGUAAUGUAUAAAACAAAAAACUUCAAUAGACUUUCAUAUUGAAAAAAGAAAAUAGAGCAUUUAAUGAAAGAAAGGGUUGACACAAGUUAUAGGUGUCUUUCUGUUUUAUUCAAUGAUAUAAAUUCCAUGAAAGUGGCAGCUUCCCUUUAAAUAUAAAGUGGUAAAGAAUUUGUUUUUGAACUUUCAUAUCAACCUACCAACUGUAGCAAGUGUUUGCUCGAGAGUAAUAGCGUAGAAUAGGUGUUGUGUAGAUAUUGUGUGCGCAUGUUGCUCUAUCUCUAAUAUCAGGGUCGGAGAAUAGAUUCUUGACCUAGCAAAGCUGACAGGAAGCCGAAUAGAAGUGGUUGUGCUAAAAAUUCAUACUAUUGCACUUUUUAUAUUCAAGAGGAAUUGUUUGGAUUUCUUUUCAUUUCUAUUGUAUCAAUAGCAAAACAAAGACAUUUGAAAGUCUAAACUUGAUAGACUUAAUCCUUUAAAUAUUUUUGUCUACAUAUCAGGAUUUCCUUCCUGGUUUCUGUUCCAAAAUGGAACAUUCCAUUCAAUCCAAUGUUCAGUUAGCAACACCAUUCAUUUCGGCAUAAGGUCUUUGAGGAUCAGAUAUCGAUGACGCCAAUAUUUUUUUUUACUUGAUACUGGGAUGGAGUUGCAACGUUGUCUUUUUGCUUGUUCCUAUUAAAAGUUGCUUAAUUCCACGGUGUGUGCCCAGACUCUUUUUGAUGUUAUCUACUACUGGUGUGACCUUUCUUUAAGUGGGGUACCAAGUGUGGAUCUUCAUUUGAUGAGUGGGACCCCUUGUUGUUUAUUUGAAAAUGUAAUAUUAGGUCCUUAAGUGAUUGAAGAGUCAGUUAAUGUACCAAAACAAUGUCAGCUUAGUGACAAAGGUCUUUGUCAAUUUGAAAGUGUCCCUUUAAUGAAGUGGUGUUGAUGUAUAGAUCAUACCUCUGUAGUUUCACUGUUCAAUAGUUGGCCAUUUAGAAUUUAAAUUACUUCAGUUUUGCAGCCCUUUCCACACCUCACCUGAUUGUGAGUCACACAUCCUCCCUACACACUAUCUGAAAUAAUAUAUCCAUAGAGACCCUAUCUUUCUUUCAACAAGAACUGAAAGAGCAGGGUUCAUUUUUUUUAAUCCCUGUUCAAAUCUGUGAAGGAGCUAAAGGAUUUGUCUGCAGGAUGUUUACUUUAGGACAGUGGUCAACCCGAGGCCACUUUGGUACACAUUGUGGGUCACACAAGAGACCGCUCUUACAUAAAUUAAAUAGUAAUGAAAAUUUAAGGAUAUUAUGCCACGAGAAAAAAAUGCAGAGGUGAAAAACAAAACUACUAAAAAGAAUGGAGAAUUUUAGUUAUGAAGAAAGGUUAACAAAUUUAAACAUCUUUAGUUUAGAUGGCGACGAUAUAUUCGGGCCGAUACAAGCCAUUAAGACGCAAAACAGGAGAUAGAGCAGCACUAAACAAACUAAAUACAAUAGGGUGAGAGGCAGCACACCUGUGAAUAGGGGGAUCCCUCCAACCCCCAAAGAAACUAGAACAGGUAAAACAAGGAAUUCAGGUAAUGCCAAGGAUAAGAUAUUAAAAGUAGGAACAUUAAAAUGUAUAAAAGGAAGAACAAUAAAAUAUAUAAAAAAGAGUCCAAAAAAUAAAAAUACCAAAUGGUAAAGCACGGUCUCGAAUGUAGUAGUAGAUCUUCUUAUUGAAGUAUGGAGCUUUAUGGGUAGCUACGCUUAGUAUCAGCAUCUGAAACGAAAGCAAAGACAAAGGUGGACCAAUAGUGCAAUAUGAUAAAGUGCAAUAGGACAAACAACAUUGAGAAUAGAUGUCAACUCACAUAUGGUAGAGCUAUAUCCAGCUCUAAGUACAACAGCAUGUAGUGGUUUUCAAUCCCCACUCGUAGGAUAUCCCUCUGAUUAUGGUACACAGUGGUAAAUCACAGCUGAAUAAUGUUGAGGUAAAUCAUAUGGAAUAACAAAGGAAGCAGCCAAUUGUGCUCUGUAUAUAAGUAAGUAAUAAUAAGAUAAGUGGAAAUAUACUUACAAUAAAGUGAACAGACUGACCGCUUUAUGAUUCAUGCCUGAGUGGUAUAAUCUCCACCAAGGAUUCUUUAGUCACUUAUCUUAUUAUUACUUACUUAUAUAGAGAGCACUGUUGGCUGCUUCCAUAUGAUCUACCCAGGGGUCAAGUCCUGGGGAAAACAAAUGUGGGAACAAGAUAUAUCCCACCCCCAAAAAAAAAAAUUUUUACGUUUGUAUGCAUAUAUAUUGUAAAGUGACAGUUUACAAAGACAAGUAUAUAGAGAUAUUCUCUCGGGACUACGUCCAAGGUAUCCGUGCUCAUUUAUUAAUGCCCUCAGAGUAGAUGGUCCUUUUUGUAGAGUCUGAUUGAUUUGGGGUUAAAACUCAGCUAAGCCUGACAAACUCAAUUUAGCAAUUUGUCAUUUGGCUUACUGCCAGAAAGCACGGUUUAGUGGAGUGCUCCCAGACUGCCAGGCUUUCACUGUGUAAGAAUUGGGACUCUACCUGAUUUUAUUUAUCAUUUGUGUAUAAAUGUAUUUUCCCUUUUUUCUUUUUGUUUGAAAUAUUCUAUUUUUAUCACACAUAUGUUUCUUAAAAGUUAAGUUUUAACUACUACAGGUCCCAAAGGAGGGCUUAUAUCAUUUUUUAUUUUUUUUUCAUAAGGACACUUUUAUAUUACUUGUCAGGAUCUACUCGACCCCUUUAGAGGUGCUCACUCCCAUAGGGACACCAUACUUAAUUUCCCAUUUCUCCUAUAUACUGUGCUUCAAGGCUAGACACAUACAAUCACACACACACUUACUGGCAGACACACACUGACAGACACAUACACAUUCACUGACAGACAGACACACACACACACUUACUGACAGACAGACAGACACACACACACUGACAGUCACACUGACAGACACACACACUUACUGAUAGACACCCUUAUUGACACACACACAAACACUUACUUUCAGACACAUACACACUUACACAGUCUUGCACACACUCACAAAUUAAUUGUAUUGCUUGUUUCUCCUACCUUUAGGAGUCCUCUGAGUCCUCUCCCUGGUGUCCAGUGUCUUCGAAUCUCUUCCUUCUCUGCUCUCCUUGCUCGCGCUUUUUAGUGAUGCUGGGUCAGAAUUACGUCAUAUUCCGGCUCCCGGCAUUACCAUAGAGGGAGCAGGAGGAUCAUCAGCUAAGACAGCGCUCCGUCGCUGCCGUCUGACUCUGUCCUCAACCUAGCCCAGUCCAGUAUAUUGCUGCAGAGUAGGCACCUGCCCCUACGACAAGCAGGUGCCUACUCUGCAUUGCUAAAUAAGCGCCACUCCGGGGGUGCCCUUAGGUCGCCGAUUGGCCACCUGCUGGGCUCCCUGUGACAGGCCAUUGGCCUGCCCUGCACGGCACCCCCCACCUUUGGCACGGUGCACCCUGUGCACCAGUCCUGGAACAGUCUGGCAGAACUACUAAGGGAAACGAUGUUCCUGCUGUGGAAAAAGUGCAGGAACGCCGUACCCAUGCGUUCUUGCAGGACUCGAGCCCUGGAUCUACCUCAAUGUUAUCCAGCUGUGAUUUACUACUGUGUACCAUAAUCAGAGGGAUAUCCUACAAGUGGGGAUUGAAAACCACUACAUGCUGUUGUACUUAGAGCUGGAUAUAGCUCUACCAUAUGUGAGUUGACAUCUAUUCUCAAUGUCAUUUGUCCUAUUGCACUUUAUCAUAUUGCACUAUUGGUCCACCUUUGUCUUUGCUUUCGUUUCAUAUGCCGGUGCUAAGCGAAGCUACCCAUAAACCUCCAUACUUCAAGUAGAAGAUCUACUGCUACAUUUGAUACUGUGCUUUACUAUUUGGUAUUUUUAUUUUUUGGACUUUUUUUUAAUAUAUUUAUUAUUCUUGCUUUUAUACAUUUUAUUGUUCCUACUUUUAAUAUCUUAUCCUUGGCGCUACCUGUAUUCUUUGAUUUACUGUUUUGUUAUACAAAAAUAUUCAUAAACAGGACUAUAUAUAGAACACAAGGUCACACAUUUAGACUGGCAGAAAGGAGAUUUAGUCCAAGGCAAAGGAAAGAUUGUUUUUUUUCCAGUAAGAACAAUAAGGAUGCUCAAUUCUCUACCUGAAGAGUUGGUUUUAUCAGAGUCUGUACAGAUGUUUAAACAGCAACUGGGUAAAUACUUGCACAAAUAUAAUAUUCAUUGAUAUAAUUUUUAAUUUGUGGGAUUCAAAGAGAUAUCUGACUGCCUUUCUGGGGUCAAGAAGGAAUUUCUUCAUUCAAACUGUGGUUUUUGCCUUCUUUUGACUCCACAGCAAAAACAGAUGUGAGAAAUGCUGAACUUGAUGGACACAUAUCUCUUUUCAGUCUAUAUAACUAUGGAAGGAAUGGAAGAUUCAGUUAAACAACUGAUCAUAGUACUAAGACCUCUUAUCUACCUUAAUGCAUCCCUACAAUGUGCACACGACUGUACACCCUAGCUAAACUGAAUUAAAAUCCAAAAGUAAGGUUGUUAGCAUGCACUUACUAUAAGAAUGCAACGUCUUUGAGUCAUAAAAAACAAAUAUACAGGACAAUUUAUGACAUACACUAUUACUUAAUGAAACACUGACUCUGCUUAUUUUUUCCUUAAUAAUUAAAUGGAACUAUCCCUGUUGUGGGUAGUCAGAGCCUUCAUUAAAUUUAUAUUUUUUGUUCAGAUUCUGAGUUCCCCUGGAGUUUACAUUACAAUCACAGAGAAGGUGUUAUGUUCAGAGUCCUUUCUUGAGUGCAGAAAUCUUGGAAUUUGUCUCAGAAUUCAGUCUGGUGCUGAUAUAUGAUGGCAGCAUGUGGAGAAUGCAAUUUCAACACGCUUAAAUUAAAUUCUGAUCUUUCAGUUGGAAGAGUUCUAAUUUGUUUGCAGGCCACAUUGAAAGGUCUAGGACAUGGUUGAGCACCUCUUUUUUAGACUUGUAAGGGGAAAAAGGCGGUGCUUCUUAUCCCCCUGUCUCAGAGCUCUGAAACAGCUAAUUCUAGCAUCAAGCAAUGGCUCUGUAAGUAACUUUCUGUAUGAUAUGAGACAGGUAUCUCACAGGAGCACUAAAAAAAAGACUGCAGACUUUCAGUCAUUAGAAAUUAGCAUUUGUGACAAACUGAAAAUCGUCAUGGGUUCUUGGAGGUGCUUAUGGUACUCAAGGAUUGCUAGGAAGCAGCGAUUGGUGGAGGUACCCAGUCAGGGUGCCAGGUGGUCAAUCACAGCAUUGUUGGGAAUUAUUUAUUGUGUAAAUAUAUUUUCCCUAAUGUCCAUUUUCAUGUAUGUUAUAGAGUCCAAGUGUGUUUAGGGUAUAUUCACUAAGCUGUUCUUUGAGUAAAUUCGUAAUAUGCUAUGUUAUGCUCCUAUUGACAGCAAAGCUUGUUUUUGAGAAAUAUUUGUUUGGUCACUAUUGUCUGAAAUAACCAAAGAAGUUUGUGGUGAACAAAAAGGUAGCUACGGCAUCUAAGAAAACUCAGGAUUUUAGGCAGUUAGGAAGUGAAUAAAUACAUAAUAAAUGCAAGAACUUUGUUGUUAAAUUCCAUGAAAAUAUAACACUUUCAUGGCCGCAUUCGUUUUUUUUUUUUAACCCCCCUCCCGACUCGAAUACAUCUAAUAGCCUCCCUGGUCGCCCCCAAGUGCCCCAUAGCUCCCCAUAUUACCUAUAUUUAAUGUUUCUCUUCUGCCCGGACCUAGAUCCUGAGCGCCACCAUCUUUAGGUGGGUAGAUGAAGUCCCUGUGGGCGCUCUCCUGAUGUGUGUGGGGAAGGAGCAGGCGCUUGUCCAAGUUCAGCGGUGUUCGGGAGUUUCAGUGUCCAAUUUUAGUUCCACGCAAUCGACGCCCAAACACUACUGCCUGCAUUCUCGUGCACAAUUAAAAUCCACACUGAUAGAACUGUCAGGAGAGAUUAACAAGGGUCAAUAAGCUCAGAGGUGGUCUGUAGUUCGUGGGUUAGUUCGGUUCCCGAACAGUCCAAGGGAAUGCCACGAACCCAGACUUUCAAUAGCCUUUUAGCAUGGCCCAUAGUCCUGAAGCAGGCUCCUCCAGGAACUCGUGACGAGAGAAAGUCCACCACACCAUGCCACUGCUACUAGGCCUUACCUGUAUCGAGCACGCUGCAACAUUCCUCUCCUGUGCCCACCGACUACUCAACACUAACGACCAAACAUGAUAUAAAGUUCCUGCUGGCAGACAUUCACAAAUUGCUGGCUGUGGAUGUGUCUCUAAUCAAAACCAAGGUGCAAGCUGUGUCAGAUUAAGUGAGGGCUUCUGAGGAGGACAUUAUCGAUGUGCAGGCUAAUCUGACAUGGCUCACUACAGCAGUUUCAGACCCAUCAAAGGACCAUAAUGACACAACUAACAGUAAUGGAGGACCACAGUGCAGAACCCAUAUCAAGAUUAGGGGCAGCCUUGCUGCGAUUACUAUGGAGGAAGUUCUUCAUUAAAUACGGCGACUGCUAACGGCCAAGAAGAUAUCCAUAGAUGUUUAUCGGGUAUCUGGCCUUACCAAAACACCAUCUACCAUGGUCCAAGACAUCAUCCUUCGAUGCUUGAAAUUUCAAGAUAAACAUUUUUUUAAUGUCAGCACUGAAAGGUAAAACACCUGUAACUUUUAAGGAUUCACCUCUCUCCUUCUUCCAAGACCUUUCCAGAACCAUUCUCUAACGGCGUAAAUAUUUUGGCCCAGUCACCAGUCAACUGUGUGCCGCUGGGUUGGUCUACAGGUGGAGGGCUGCAGGCUCUCUAGUGGUGCACCAUAAUGGAACUACCCAUACAGUUCCUUCAAUGGCAGAGACAUCCACCCUUCUGGAAACACUGGGACUGUUGUCCUUGACCAAGAGCCAGAAUGCUGGGCCCACUACAGAGAUUUUCCACAGGCUGGCACCUACUGGAACCCAGUGCCAUGAUCGAUAUAGGUGACUGUUGUACCACAUCCCUCAUAUCUAUUCACAAUCUACUUUAAGUUGUAUGUUUGUAACACGUGCUAGUUUUACAUUAUUGUUCUUUUUUUCAAGUUGACUCUCGUUUAUUUAUAAAUGCUAUGUGAAAUGCUUGGUCCUCACUUAGUACAAGCAAAAUAGUGCUCACAAGGGGGCACCCAGACCAUGUCGUUGGGCAACACAGCCUCACAUGGGGGCACCCAGACCAUGUCAUUGGGCAAUGGCGAUUCUAAUCCUCCCCCCGCCUCUCCCUCGGUUAGGGGCAACUCACACAAGAUGCAUGGAACCUUUUCUUAGUUUAUGCUUAUCACACUGUUUGCCAUCUAACUGUCAGGAUCUGCUCUGCUCUGUUCUGAUGUUUGCCUUGGCUUCUGGUAUCCAGUACUCCUUUUUACAAUCCUUGUUUAGUUUUUCUUGGUUUUUCUGGUUUUCUAUUCUAUGUCUGGUUUUCUUUAUGCUGGGAUUUCUGGAUUCAUUCCUAUAUUCCGUCCCUGGAUUUCCCAGUGUCCAGGUUUCCUUUAAAUGUUUGUUUUAUGUUGCCACACCCGUUUGUUUUCCAUCAUUCCUUUUGUUUCAGUCUGGACCUGCAGCAGUGUUUCAAGUCUCUGCCCUUUCUUGCAGGUAAGUGCUAUUGUGGUUUAGUAUGGUUCUUUUAGCGAACAUUAGGCAGUAUAGGACCUGCCGAAUAUGCGCUACGUUGGCGUUGUGGCAGGCUUAUGCAAUGUAUGAUCAUAUAAUGUAACUAAAUCCCCAUACUUUUUAUACAUAGUGCUUAGUUAUGUCUCCUCUUGUUUUGCCUAUUAUAUCUUGUCUUGUUUUAUUUUGUAAUCCCAGUCCAUGUACAGUCCUGUCCUGCCCCUGUUUAGUUAAUGUUCCCUUAUGUAUUGUAUACAUGUUCUGGGUUUAGCUUCCUAUCCUUCUCUGGUUCUGGGUUCUACUAGUUCUGUCUUGUUUUCAUGUCUGGUGACUAUCCUAGCCUUGACUUGUUUCUGUACAGGAUACAUUCUUGCUGCAGAGCCUCCCUAUCCAGUUCCUGGGAGGUCUGCAUAUCUCCUAGUUCCUGGGAUCCGCUGUAGCUGAAUCAGGGUUCUGGUAUGUGGCUGCACAAACGCUGGUGCUCAACACCAGAGGGCGUGUGGUUACCCUGCACCAGGCCCUGAUAAUCCACUUCCACGCUGAAGACUCCCAACUUCUCAUCGGGCACUCAGGGGUCCCGGUUUCCGUACCGCCACCCUGAUACCAACUCAUUGUCGAUUGAGCCACUAGGCGCUCUGCCCAUGUGAUUAAUCCAUGUUAUGCAUUCUCUAUACCACUCUAUACCACUGUUUCUCCUAUGUUAGCAUGUCCCACACCAAGGUUUUAGGGACAGAUGAAUAUGUGCCACACAGUUCUUUUUAAGUACAAUUCACCGUUCAUCUACACCUAACUUAGUGUAAUCCUGUUAUUAUUAUAAAAAAAUGCACUGUCACUGGCAUAUACGACUUCUUGUUGUCAUUCUUCUUAAUAUGAACAUUUUGUGAAAUGUCGAUGCUGCCUUGUUUGUUUUGCAAUGCUCAAAAUAAAGUAUUUUAAAACAAAUAAAUAAAUCGUUCUUUUCCAGUGUGGCAGACGACAUCUAUUUUGAUGAUACUUCUGGAUUUAUGGUUCUUGGAGGUAGCAAGUACGUACUUGGGAUUGAUGGUUUCUUUGGACCUGUCAAAUAUUAUCGUCUAAGGACUUUGGAAAUAGAUGAGGUAAAUAUAAUACUAUAGGAGUUGCCGUUUUACGAUUAUAUGUCCUCUGGAAAUUUCCAAAAUUUCCCUGGGCCUCUGUUCUAUGCAGUGCCAUAACAUCACAUUAUUUCAGUAAGGCAUAUACUGGUUUUACAGGUAUUUUAUUGAUUGUUAUACUAAUCCAAUUAUCUACUGGAGAUAGUUCUUACUGGUCAACCAAAGCCUUCCUAAUUUUCUGUUAAUGGUUCCAUUUGUUUUUAAUUAUUUAGAUUUCAAACCCACUAUUACAAGAAGGUAUUUAUCAACUAAUUGCUGGAUAUUAUCAGAGGUGCGCUACUGCUCAGGACAUUGUGAGAUAUUACUCCGAUGUAAUAUGGCAGAUACAUGAAUCUCAGACUGAAGGUGAGUACCCAUUAAAACAGACAUAGACAUAUGCCUGUAUACCAGUCACCACCUGCUGUCUACAAAUGAUCACGUUUAAAAUAAUAUGAAGCUUGUCAGUAGUCUCAAAAUUUUAACAAUUUAGCAAUAGCCAUAGUUCACACAUCCUUAAAGAAACACUAUAGCGUUAGAAAUACAAACUUGUAUCCCUUUCGCUAUCGUGCACCUGUCCCAGAUUCAUCUUAACGCAUGGCACGCUGGGGCAUCCAUGAGCAUAGGAGCCCCAUAGACUUGCCAACUUUUCAGUAUAUUAUUCAGAACCUUCAAACCCUCUUUAUUGAACGUUUAGGUUAAAUACUCACCUCAUUAUCAGCUGUUAUCUGUACUGUAUCAAAAGUAAGAUCUCCGAUCUUGCUGUUGCUAAUAUGUAUCUUGGCAAAAACAAUGUAAACGUACUAAUUGUACAUAAGCAAGACAAAACCAACACACAUCAUUUUUUGAAGACGUAAAAAGAUGAUAACGUUCUUUUAAGAUGUUUAACAGUCCAUGUUGGUUUCCUUCCCCUGCUACCUACUAUAUGUAAAUAAUAAAUAAAAAUGGAACAGAGCGUAAUGAAGUUUCAAGGCUAUGGUACAACAAUGGCAUCCGUUUAUCUAUAAUUAAAUUGUUUUCCUGUAAGUGGUUGCAAAGGAAGGGCCCUAGUGCACUGCUUUGCCCGGGGGCCUAUGAUGCUGUAAAGACGGCGCUGCCCUGUCCCUAUUAUUAUAUAUUACUCCUUUUUCCAAUGUCAAAACUCCGUCAGUAUUGUUCACCUUUCCCCCUACAGCAAUAUCAUCAAAGUUGAUGACCUCCUCCAUUAUUGGUCCAAUCCUAUGUUCCUCACGGAGGAGCACUGGGGACCUGAUCUGCAUGCAUGGCAAGCACCGCACGUGAAUCCAAAGCUUCUCAUCUUUCGAUCCUGGGAUGCCAAGAGAUUCCCUUUUUAUUUUCUUGUUAACGCUAUUGAAAACCGUGUUCAAGGACGCAUAUUACCCAUUACAUUAAUCUGUAGUGUUCUCGGUGAUUACAAUGUAAUUUGCACAAUUCAUUUAAAAAGAUCACAAAAUAACUUAAAAUGUUCCUUAUUCCUAUGCGUACUAACACUGAAAACUGCCCAUCUUUUGUCAGUUUAAAAAAUUAUGGAAUAUAUGCAGGUUUAUCAGUUAGUGAGAAUUGUCACUUUUUUUUUUUGUAAAUCUGUUUAUUUAAGAAGAAAAAGGUUUACAGAAAGAUUCGGCUCGCAGGCCUACGUAGAAGACAAAAAUAUUGCAGUGUUGCUUCUAUAUUUUGAAUCAAACUUUUUGUGUCCACAAUACCAAGUCUCCUAUCGGGACUUAGUUACAACGAUAAGUUUCGUGAUUACCAGUAGGCGUACAUAAGAUAACAGAGAGGUAAAGUGUGUAGAGUGACAACCGUGGCAGUUCUGGUACACGGACAUAUACAUAACAUGUGACAUUCUUAGUGCUUGUAAGCUGUUUUCUAACACAAAGCGUAGCGCUAAUUCGGAUGCAGUCAUAAGAUGCAGUGUACAUUGCAGUAGGAGUGCAUAGUGAUAGGCUGGACAUAUUUGUCCGGUUCCUCGUGUGUGAGAAGCGUAGGUACCUUGAUCGUAGGAUUAGGUUAAGUUAUCCCAUGGGUGUGUUCCCAUGUCCCGCAGUUCGAUGUACCGAUAGUAGUGUCAGUAUCAUGUAUUCCUUUUUUGGUUUUUUCCCCUCUCCUGUCCCCCGUUUUUGUGUGUUAUGUGUUAGAUAGGUAAGAGGGGUUAGCGUGGUAAAGAAAAAGGGAAAGGGAGAAAGGAGAGUAGCGGCCAUAGCAGGUCCCCCCCCGUGUCCCCACAGUGCACCCCGUGGGUGCGCAAGGGUUGUAGUCGUGUGGGAGAAGGGAAGUCUCGGUUGGGCCAUGUGUUCUCGGUGUCGCAAAGUGUGUGUGGGAGGGUCGGGUCGGUGGGCUGAUUUUGGUUUCGUCUGCCCUGGGAAUAUACCUCCAGUGAUAGGGUGGUCCCAACCCCAAGAGCGUUGGUGGAGUAGGGGCGUAAUCUGUCUCUCGGUCCCCCUCCCCCCCUACGAGAUGUUCAGUGCCCUCUAGCCUGGUAUACGAACCAUGGUUGCCACAUCUCCGCGUGCCUGGCCUCCCGACCCGUCAGGGAUGCCUGCAGUGCUUCCGCCAACUGUAUGUCUCCGAUCCUGUGUAGCCAUUCUUCAACCGUGGGGGCCUCAGUUCGCUUCCAGUACACAGGGAUAAGGGCUUUGGCUGCAUUCAGUAGGUGACGUAGAAUGGACUUCUUAUAUCCAGAGAUGGAUCGAGAAUUGUCCCUUAUGUCAAUAAUUCAAAGUGGAUUUCACAUUACAGGCCAAAAAUGUUUCCAAGUCACCAGUUAAUAUGGAAUUUUAUUGGGAGUUCAGUUUGAAUUCCCUGAUGGUGUCAAAUGAUAAAGUGAAAAAAUUUGAUAGCGUCAAGUGAUAAAGUUCACGUUGCCAAAUCAUGUCCAUUCAUACCUUUUACUGCCCUACCAUUGCUCAGAUACAAGUAAAAAUACUGUCUGUUGCAACUAAUGGCAUUUUGUUGUUACAGAUACUUCAAAGGACGAUUAUAUUGAACUCUAUUCUAAACAUGGACGUAAAACCACCUGCCCUGGGAUACCUUGGAAACAAGAGGAAAGACAGCAAUUUAGCCAUUUAAUUAACUUCCUAAAAAGCAUAGAUUUAUCAGGUAUUGCAUAUUGUACCAGUAACCAGUACCAGUGAUAGGUACAUUUUAUGUGAAUGAUUUUGUUAUAGCUAGUAUAGAGUUUUUACUGUAUAGUUUUCCAACACUCCCUUCUGUUUUUGCAAUAUUAAUUUCUUAUUUAAUGUGAAUGAAAUAUACUGCCAAAAAUACAAAAGCCAUUAAAAAGUUAUAUUCAUGCAUUGAUCAGCGUAUGUGCCUUAUCCUUUAAAUGUCAUGUAACAGAUCAAUAUUAUAUGUUCUAAGAACAUUUUACUCGAUUAAGCAAUCAUUGAUCACUCAAAAUAGGAUAUGAAUAAUGCUUCUAAAACAACGUCAUUUUUAAAAGUUAGAAGUGUGAAAAAGUCAAAUUUUCACACAAACUGUUUUUACAAACUAUGGGAUUUAAGUUAAACUAAAAUUAAUAUUUAGAAACAUUCAUGCAAAACUAUAAAUAUUCACAAUUCUUCAAGCCCCCUAAAAACUGCUUAUUAUAGAAUAAUCCUAAUAUGUCAAUGAUAACUUUAUUAUAGGAUGUUGGGUGCUUCUACUUUGUCUCUUUUACAGUAUAUAUUACUGUUAUCUUGUUUCAUAAUCUAGUCAGGUAACUAGGAAUGAAUGCUUUGUGCCCCUUUUUCACAAUAGCCGUAAUUUAAAAGAACUUUAAUACUGUGUAAAUCAGAGUUAAUUUUCAUUUUUGUCUUCUGACAUAUGUUUAGCCAUUUAUAUAGUAUUUUAUUAGACACCUGAAUGAUCCUAAGGGCUUCUAUAUUAUUUCCAGAUUCUACUGCUGACAUUUUACUGGAUUUGGGGAGAGAUCUGUAUGAAAGUAGCUUAAAUAAGCUGCCAUUCGGUGUCCACCAUCUUGGUACUGCUCUUCCUUCACUAGUGGAUGCAAGCUGCUUGGGCUAUCACAAAGCUUCCUACCUCCUGGCUGUGAUGAAUGAAUUAGGCCUCGGUGUGCCUAUAGAUCCUGACCAGGUACCAUACUAGGUUAUAUCUUAUCCCAUUAUAUAAAUAUUAAUUGUAUCCAUUGCAACCAUACUUGGUAUUACAAUUUAUUCCCACACUCUGGACCUAUAUACAUUUAUAACAAUCCUUUACUCUGCAUGGCUAUUAACUUAAUCUGUUACAUGUAUAUGCAUGUUUACAUUGUCUUUCUUCAUGUUUCACUAAUUGUUAAAGGCGAACAGGAGCUAAGGAUUAUAGACCUUACAAAGUUAAACCAUUCCAUUGAAACAGUUCAUCUGCCAUUUAUAUUGUCUUUUCUGCUCCUAAAUGUCACCGAUUUCUCUAUAAUCUGACGUCAGGCGGCAUUGUAAUUCAGCACAUGGAUAGUACUGUAAAAGAAGGGCUGUAGGCUAAGUGGCUGAAGAGCAUGAUUGUAUGAUUUGUCCUUUGCUUCUCUCUGUCUAGGGUUUAUUAUAUAGCCUGGUCGGAGCACAAGCUAGUGACAGGCUUGCUUUACUGAAACUUGGAUACAGUCACUUCCAAGGUAUUAAUAACUAUCCGGUGGAUUACAGCGUUUCAUAUGCUUAUUACAUGAGUAUCGCAAAGAAAACCCCAAAAGAUCGAUGGACAAAACAUGAACAGGUAAACAUUUGAUUCUUUGCCGUUUAACAAGUCCAUCUCAAGGAUAGGAAGGGAUUUAAAAUGUUAUGUGUUUUUUUUUAUUUUUGGAGUGAAGAUAAUAGUAUAAUAUAUACUAUCAUGUAUAGUAUCAAUAUCAUGUAUGUGUGUGUGUAUAUAUAUCUAUAUGUCUAUAUGUAUGUAUAAGAAUUUUGUUUUUAUGUAAGUGGCAAACAUUGACUGUCUGAAUACUUUAAAUACCCUAUUAAUUAAUCUGGUUUCUUUCCAGGCAUAUGUGGAAGCCAUAAGACUAAUGGAUGAUGAUAUGUUGAAAGAACAAACCAGAGAAGAUGAUGAUUUAUUCUUGUGGCUUAAACAGAACGCAGAACGAGGGGAUGCGCGGGCUCAGGUAGAUCAUGCUGCUUUAUAACAUGUUUGCGCCAUGUAGUAGGUCAAAGAACUAGAUUAAUGGAACAUUGUAUCAAUACACUGCAAUGUCCCUAAAAAAGACAAUACAGUAAAAUGUUUGCUCCAAAUUCAGAUAUGCACAUCUGCAGUGUUAAAUGAUUGAUAUUAAACCGGAUAAUGAAUGAACAGCAAUCUUUCAGUUGGAAUAACCAAUUUUCUACAUACUUGGGCUUUAGAAAAUUUUAGAGUUGUCAAUCCGGUUGGAAUCCACUGUCAAAAUUUGGUGCUGUGUGAAUCAACCACUUGGUUUUUUAAUUUGCUGCAAUUCAGAGCUUAGUGAAUAACUUUUUUUAUUUUUUAUUUUUUUUUUUUUACCUUAAAAAUAAUUUAUUGUGAUCAGUAUUUACUCAUUAGAUGGGUCAUUAAAUAUGCAGCUCUUCCCAGCUCAAAUUGUGCUCUCAGGGCACCUAUUUAUUGUGAUAGUGAAAAUGGUUGUCACUGCUAAUAUACCUUAUAUUGUUCUCUAGCACAGAUUGGCACAGAUGUAUUUUUGGGGUCAACAAGGUGUAACUAAGAAUACUGAUGCAGCCGUACAAUGGUACGAGAGAGGUGCCCUGGAGAAUAAUGAUCCGGUGUUAAUGUACGAUUAUGCAAUCCUUUUAUUUAAGGUACAUGUGGUUUAUUUCCCAGUAGUAAGUUUAGAUACUAUCAUCCGUACUGUAUUUUCUGGUUUUAUUUGACUAUUUCUAUUUUUCAAAGUGAUAUUCAACCAGCUUAUAUAUACCAAGUUUUAAAUCCCCCCCCAUCAUAGUUUUAAUGAAGAAUGUUGCUAACCUGGUAAUACACAGAUACAUCCACUAGUUGGCAGAAGAAUCCUUUUUAGAAAAUGUAAAUUCGUAUUUUACAAACUUGGUUUAAAUGAUAUAAUAUUGGUUAUUAUAUCAAGAAAGUAAAGGACCUAAAACCUAUGCUGUUAGGCACAGUUUAUAUAGAGUAUGAAGGAAUCUGUGCAGAACAAAACCCUUUUUAUUAUAGAGGAUAAAGACUCAAUAAGUAACACCCAACUGGAUAUAGCCACCUGCUCUCCAUAACCAUUGACCGAACUAGGCCAAAGAACUUGACAGCGAUAAUGUAAUGAAUAAUAGAAGUUGAUUUAGCAGAUGGAUUUGACAACUAAUAUUGGAACCCAAAGUAUAGAUAUCCUUUUUGUAGGCUACUAGUGCCCGUAGUUUAUUACAAAUAGACAUCUGCCAUAAAGUAUGAUUUACCGAUUUGAAUUAUCUUCGAUAGGGCGAUGCUGUUCCGAAGAACAAGAAACUUGCUUUGAAGCUGAUGAAGAAAUCGGCUGCUAAGGUGACCCUGACUUUCUACCUCGGAAAAACAAAUGUCAAUUAAAUAAUGCAUAAUUUAGCAUUGCAAAAUAAGUACAUUAAGUACUAUUAAUAUUUCUGCCCGUUUUAUGUGUUUUUAGCAGGGGUCAGAUGAUUACUUAGCAAACUGUUGCUACUCCUUCAUUUAUUAUAAUUCUUAUCAUUUAUUUAUAAAGUGGCAGUACAUUUCUUAGCUAUGCAUUUAUUUAGUAAAGGAUAUCAUAAUAAUAAUAAUAAUAAUAAAAAAUAAUUGUUAUUUACUCUUUAUUAACCACCAAAACAGCCUUAUGGCAUUCAAAUGUCCUAAUUCAGCUUACAAUUGUAAGUUUAAUAUAUUCAACUAUUUACAAUAAGCAAUAAUUCUGUUAUUUCAGCCAUACUUGUAUUUCAAUUUGACUGCAACCUCGUUAGCUGUUAAAAAUAGCCAACAUUAGCCAUUAAUUAAUAUAUUUCCCCUUAUACAGGGAACUUUAACUCACUUUCACUCAUUUUUUUUGUUUUUUAUAGUAGAAAGAUUUGACUGUCAUUUGGUUGCCAUUCGGGUGAGCUGUUUUCAGACGGAUCUCAUUGCACCAGUGACAUCAAUUUAAAAAUAGCUAGGAACCAACCUUCCCAAUGCAAUUUCAGUUUGGUUAGUAUUGAAUAAAUUGAAAUUCAGAGAAAUGUUAUCAGGCAAAUUGAAUAGAAUUCCAAAAUGAGGAGGGGGGAAAAUAACAGAUACAUCAAAAUAUCAGUUAUACCAGUUGCAUUUGACCCUGUUUCCUUUCUAAAUCCAUAACACACAGGGACAGAAUGAAGCACUAAAUGGCCUGGGAUGGUAUUACCAUACGUUCAGAAAAGACUAUGUAAAAGCUGCCAAAUACUGGAAGAAAGCAUACAUUAUGGGCAAUGCAGAUGCAGCAUUCAACCUUGGAAUUAUGCACCUCAAUGGCAUAUAUCCCGGAGAACCUGAAAUCAACGAAGUACGUAUAGCAGUAGCUCUAUGCUGAUCAAGCUUUGGCCAUGUCUUAAAAUAAAUGGUGCCUUUUAAAAUGCGAAAACAAUAAUGACUAUUAUAAAAUGCUGGUAAGUAUUUAAAGGAACACAAGCACCAUAUCCUCUGCAACCUUGCCUUGGCACCAUCCCAUAGUAAGUAGCCAAACCGAUUAAAAACACGAUCUCUGCAGCCGGAUCUACUGCAUUUCACUCCCCACCAAUGAGUCAACCCUGCAUGGCCGGACCGAUCUUAGUAAGAGGGGAGAGCUUGCAAAGGCUGCAGACAGCAGAUCUGCAGCUUUUUGAUUCUGUUUUCCUAUAUCCCCAAAGACAAUAUGCAGUAAGUAACUAAAUGAUGCAAUAAAAAUUAAAACAAAAUUAAUAGAAUGAUCUCUUUAAAGAAAAGGGUCAUGAGUUUAUUAUUAUUGAACGAAAACAGUAUAUAAAUAAGUGAGGAGCAGUAUAAUAAAAUGAACGUUUAAGUGAUAAAUCCAAAGCCAAGUAUAAUGAGAAAUUUUAGAAUGUUGUAGUAAUACUCAAUGAUCAGUAGAUGAAAAUGCAUAAAUACACAUAAUAGUGCAGAUUGCUUUAAAUAACAAUGCUCUCAACAUCAUCAUCAAUAUACCAAAAUUACCCAGAUGAUAAGUUAAGGAAAUCAGGUUUCAGUCAUAUAAUGAUAACGUUAUGUUAUAAACAAAGUGCAAAAAAUGUAUUAAAAACUCAGUGAUGAUAAAAGAUAAACAUACGCCGUUACUCACUUUCAAGCUUUGUUUGAAAUGUAUCUAGUAGUGGAGUUGGAGACACUGGCUCUGGAUAGAUAUAACAUCCGGGAUGUAGUGAUCCGGCUUCAGUGCAGCCCGAGCGAUAUGAGCGUGGUAUUUCCAAGCUCCUGAGGAAGCAGGGCUGACCAGAGAAACGCGUUGAUGUCACCAAAGGGGUAGAGACUACAGGAGCGCAGAAAUACAAUGCUCAUAUCUCUCGGGCUGCACUGAAGCCGGAUCACUACAUCCCAGACAUUACAUCUAUCCAGAGCCAGUGUCUCCUACUGUGAUGUUGAAAGCAUUUUUUAUUUAAAGCAAUCUGCACUAUUAUGUGUAUUUGUGCAUUUUACAUGUGCUUUGAGAUGUGUCAACUUGGGGCCAUCUACUGACCAUUGAGUAUUAGUACAACAUCCUCAAACAUGUCACAAUUUUACUUGUUUUUUUUGUUUAUCACCUAAACGUUCACUUUAUUAUACUGCUCCGCUCUUAUUUUUAUACUGUUUUUGUUUGAUUUUGAUUUUUGUGUUGGGAGUAAAACACAAUGAGUGUGGUAGCAGAAUUAUAAAUAAUUCAUACCAACUCUAAGUCGCAUUAAAUUUAAAAAUAUUAGAGCGCUCCGAAAUUAAAUUAAUUUUUUUUAUUAUUAAUGGAAAUAAGAGUACAUGUGUUAUAGUAUCUUUGAGUAUUAUGUUAUGUAUACAUUACAAAUAAAAAGUAACUUCCACUUCUCAGGGCAUCUCAUUGCUUAUUCUUGCUGUGUGGGGUUGGCCAUCUUCUUUGAUCAACUUUGAUCAUAAGUAUCUCUUAUCCCAUUGAUAUCCCUAUUCCAAUUGCUGUGGCUAAAACUUGCUAAGCGAGUGUUUAUGCGAUGCCCAUCACUUCAUGUGACAUCAGGAUUUGUGAACAUGUCCUAGCUCUUGGUUACCUGCUGUUCCUUAUGUUUAAAAAUGUUCUAAGGUGUAACAGUUUAACACAAUAUUAAUGUGAAAUUCAGAUGAAAGUGAAUGUAAACUAAAAUUUCCCUCCACAGACGCGUGCUUAUGAAUUAAUAACCAGAGCAUCAGAAGGGGGACAUAUUGAAGGAACUAUACACUUAGCACAAUAUUUAUUCACUGGCAGCUUGAAAGGUGUUGCGAGAGAUCCCGAAGCAGCCAUACGGUAAGGAGUGUAAAUAAUAAUAGUCUAAAUACAAAAUAACUUAAUUUGUCUGCAUUUAAGCAUGUAACCACUAGAGGUCAAUGUAGUGCUUAUGUCUGUGGGCAUCAUUCCUUGGAUUGUAUUAAACUGUUUUUUUAAUAGGUUGCCAAAACUGGGGCUCUUCCAGCACCUAAGAUUAUUCGCAGUAGUGUAAAACUGCUAAUAGGAGAUAAUGGGCUGGAAGGCAUAUUCUUAAAUUCCACUGGUCAUGUGGUUGGAGAUUACAAUUGAUCGAACCACAGUCUGCAAUUUCAAGCCUCCUGGGCCACUUGCCACCUGUAGGCCACCAAUUAGGUUGCAGUGACACACUGCAUCCACUAUACAGACAUGCAUGACAUCUUUUACACGCACUGCAUCCAAGUGGGCAGUCUCAGGAGCUAGCCCUGUGGGCUGACUCAGGGACUCUGAGGCCUUGAGCUGUGUAAGGGGUUCAAAAAUUUCUGAUGGCAGCCCUGAGCUUGGAGCAAAAAAUGUAUAGGGGUAAGUAGUAAUGGGGAUGACGAGGGUAGAAAGAAGGUAGCUGGAAAAAGGGACAAGAAGGAAAGCAGACACAACUUGAAGAUGCAACAAUAAUAAUAUUUAAUAGAAAAAGGGUGUUAAUGCUUGGAAAACUCGUCUAGCAGAAACGAAUUCAAUGGAACGGGCCAAGAGCACUUGAAAUAGACACAGCACUGUUUUUCUUGGCAGGAUACAACAUCACAAAUAAAGCCAGGAAUUACACUGGCAGACUAGAUGUGGUCUGGUGUCAUAAACAUGUCACUAUAUGUGUUCUUUUGUGCUCAUAUAUUUGUCAGAUAGUAAUAAGUAAUACAAUUGUAAUAAAUAAGAACUACUUUUAUGAUCAUUAUUAAUUAAAAUAUCCGGCACACAAUGUUGCUCUACUAUGUGGUUGGUUAUUACUUACUGUAUGUAAUAGCAUUGGUGCCAUUCAUUGUUUAUAGUCUGCCAGGAUCAUAUUCAUUUAAACAAUGCUUAAAUUUGAAUGGUUAGCUACUGCAAAGAUUAAUCAUCUUCUUUUGAUUUUUGUAGGUGGGCGAAGAUUGUGGCCGAGCAGAAUGGACUCAUCGGGCAUGUCAUUAGAAAAGCUUUGAACGCCUUUCUGGAUGGGUCUCUGUAAGUUCACGCAGUCUGUUUACUUUUAUUACAUGUAGCUACUGACUUCUUAUGCACAUUAUAUAGUUGAGCAUUAAGAUAGCGUGACCUAUGUCAUAUGAGCUUGUCAUGGUGAACACAAUACAAAAUGGAUAUUCUCACUGUCUAGUAGUUUAUCAGCUAUUAAAUGACAUGAGCAAUUGUUUUGUAUUGCUCAUGUCAUUUUCAGCAAAUACAGCAACAUAUGAGUUAUUGAUUAAUGUCAGAUCAAAUACCCACAUAUUAGUCUGCUGUUAAUGUCUACUAAGAGUUAAUUCUGAUUUGGGUGUCACUCCCAGUCGACAAAACAGCUGUGAACCCAUAAAUAUACCCAAUGGCUUCUAGAAUCCAGAUGUGCUUAUCUCAGCUGUGGAAUUGUACCAUUGUCUUAUAAGGAGAUACUUACAGUAAACCCUGAUUCCACUCUGGGGAUUCCUUAUGAAGACCUCUACUAAAUGGGCAGGUCUGCCAGCGUGCAGAUAUGUAAGAUGUAAGCGUUAAAAUAUGCAUUUUGGAAUCUUCUAGUAGUGUUGUAUAGAGUGCCCCCUUUAGGCAGGGUAGCAUUUAUGGGUUUAUUCUUACCAUGAAUGGGGCUUCAAGAACAGGAAAAAACAUAUAUAUACCUCUUUGCAGUUCAAGUAUGAAUGGUAUUUUUCCUACAACCCCUAAAGAGCACAUAACUAGCUGAGCAAGCUGAAUUUUUUUUUUUAAAUAACUCCUAAUCAGGUAGAACAUACAUUGCUUCCCGUGUACUUGUAAGAAUUCUUGGGGAAUGUUAGAAUUCUAACUUAUAGCUCACAAGAAUUUCUAUUAUCUCUUCAGAAAUGAAGCGUUUCUUUAUUAUGCAUUAACUGCCGAGGCUGGCAUUGAAGUGGCGCAGACAAACUUGGCAUAUAUCUGUGAAGAAAUUCCCGUAAGUGUCUUGGCUGAGUACUUGUUACAUAGUUACAUAGCUGAAAAUAGACUUGUGUCCAUCGAGUUCAGCCUACCUCACAUAUGUUUUUGCUGUUGAUCCAAAAGAAGGCAAAAAAUCCAGUCUGAAGCACUUCCAAUUUUGCAACAAACUAGGAAAGAAUUCCUUCAUGACCCCAAAAUAGCAGUCAGGUGUCUCCUUGGAUCAAGCAGCUAUUACCCCACUAAUUAGAAAUUAUAUCCCUGAUUGUUAUGUUUUUGCAAGUAUUUGUCCAAUUGCAGUUUAAACAUCUGUAUGGACUCUGAUAAAACCACCUCUUCAGGCAGAGAAUUCCAUAUCCUUAUAGUUCUUACUGUAAAAAAACUUUUCUUUGCCUUAGAUGAAAUCUCCUUUCUUCCAGCUUAAAUGCAUGACCUCGUGUCCUAUGUAUAGCUCUAUUUAUGAAUAGAUUUCCAGAUAAAGGUUUGUACUGCCCCCGAAUAUAUUUAUAUAAUGUUAUCAUAUCCCCUCUGAGGCGCCAUUUUUCCAAACUAAAGAGAUUAAAAUGUUUUAACCUUUCUUCGUAACAAAAAUGCUCCAUUCCCUUAUCAAUUUUGUAGCUUGUCUCUGCACUUUCUAGUGCCAUGAUAUCCUUCUUUAGAACAGGUGCCCAAAAUUGCAUAGCAUAUUCAAGGUGUGGUCUUACUAGAGGAAAAAUAUAUAUUUUCAUCCCAAGAAUUUAUCCCCUAUUUAUGCAUGACAAAACCUUACUGGCCUUAGCAACUGCAGAUUGACAUUGCAUAUUGCUGCCUAAUUUGUUGUCUAUAACAAUUCCCAAAUCCUUCUCAUGUGUGGUUAUCCCUAAUUCACUACCAUUUAGGGUAUAAAUUGCUUGUGCAUUCUUGACCCUGAAGUGCAUAACUUUGCAUUUCUCUACAUUAAAAAUGUUGAAUGUUGCAAAUUAAAUAAUUUGUUUACAUGUUUAUUGUAUUAAUAAAUGUGGGUUGUUUUUUUAAGGAACUGACAAGACUACAUGUGUCUAAUUGUGUCUGGAGAUACUAUAAUUUUUCUGUACACCAGAAUAAUCCUUCAUCUUUUGGUAAGGGUCUUAUUUAAUAUUUAGAUGUGUUUUCGAUUUUUCACAUUUACAGUUUUGUUUUUUUGGGGUUUUUUUUAUUUUUUUUGGUACUGUCUUUUUUAUUUUUUAUUUACACAUCCAACAUGUGCAUAGAUUAUUUAAAUGUCUUAAUUACGUGACUGUUAGCUAUUCUUCCAGAACAACUUCACCUCCUGGUGGUACAGUGCUCUUCCAGGGCAACCCUUAAGGAAAAGAUGUAGACUUACCAGGUUAGUGAAAAUUGUCAGCAAUUCAAAGUGAAUUUCAAAUUUAAGGCUAAAAUAGCUGAACUGAAAGUAUUUUUGGCAUUUAUUUUGAAAUUCUCUUUGAAUUCCUGGCAAUUCUAUCAUUAGUGAAUACCGGCUGUGAGUAUACUCCGUAUAUACCAGAGGAUGAGCCCUAGUUAUGCUAAUGCAAAAUAAAGCUGAAAACGGUCAUGAUUCACUGAUUUUCACAGGCUAGACACUUGUGCCACUCUAUCAUGUAUGUGGGUUUCAAGGCUUAGAUCAAUGCAGGUAUCGCUCUGUGGUACCUCCUACAAAAGUACAUCAUUUACUUCCAACUCAGCCUAGUGUGAACUUCACCUGGAGCUUGCACUCUGGAAUCCAGAGGUUCUGGCAGAGUAGCCUGUUUUAAAGGUUCUGUUACAUUGUGUAAAUAGAAAACUACACAUGCCACUGCUGUCAGGCCCACAUUAGUAGAAGUGUCAACAUAUACAAUAGAACUCAAUGUCCUAGAACUUCCCUUCUGAUUUCAUAACCAGUUUCAUAUCUGCAUUGGAAUGUACCCCGCAAGCUCUCUAGACCUGAACAAACAGACAUUGAACAGUUAGUUCUCAGGCCUCCUGAUUAGGUUUGUUUUUCAAAACCUGUCGUUUGCUAACAUUGAUUUGGAAAAACCUAGUUCAGUAUUGCGUCACUGGAAGAGCAUGCUGUUUAUAUGUACAUAGAGUAUUAUGUGUCCUAGAGAAAUAUAAAGUUGAAAAUGAAUGCCAGCGACACUGUAUCUUCUGUGAGGGUUAGUGAAUAAUUUAAUCUUUAUACAUUUUAAAGUGUGCUUCAAAGAGCUUUACUUUCAUUUGAUAUUUUAUGUGUACUUGUCGGCAUUUGCACAUUUUACUUUACACGUCAUCUAUUACUGUCUAAAAACUAGCCUUUCUGUUUCAUUUAUCACUUUAUACUUUUUGUGUGUGUGUCUCGUAUAGCUUUAUUGAAGAUGGGAGACCUGUAUUAUUUUGGCAGCAGAAAGCAUCCCAGAAAUGUAGAUCUAUCUGUAAGGCACUACACACAAGCCGCCCUGCAGGGUGAAGCCCAGGUAUGUUCCUUUAACUAUUCUUUAGUUUGCAAAAUGCGUAUAGCAUUGGUAAACAGUACCCUCAACAGAUAAUAGCUGUUCAGCUGCCUGAUUAUUUUGAAUAGAAAACAAUUUAAGGAUCUGUAAAAAUAAUCUGAAUAUCCUUCAAGGAUAUGAGAGCUCAUUGUUUGCUAAUUAUAUUAAAUUUCCCAGAGCAAAAGAUUAGGAAAUGUGUAUAUGUGUAUAUAUAUAUAUAUAUAUAUAUAUAUAUAUAUAUAUAUAUAUAUAUAUAUAUAUAUAUAUAUAUAUAUAUAUAUAUAUAUAUAUUUAUUUAUUUAAAAAGUCUCAUCCCUCAUUGCUAAUUAGAUGUUAAUUUUACCUAAUGUUGUGCUGUUUGAGGUUCCAUUUCCCUCAAUUUUUUAAUCUUUCUGUCAUCCAGUGAGAUCUUAGCAACCCAUACAAAUUCUGCUUAUACAGAUCUGUUUACAUAUUAGGUAUAACAUUGGUAUGGCUGUGUACAUAGAUGUUGAUUUGUGCUUUAGACCAUGGUAUUUAGUUUCUGAGCAAAGAGGAUUCACCAGGGGGCAGUAGUAAGCCAAGUACCCUGCUGUGAGUUUUUACCAAGUCUGCACUAAGCACAUGUAAACAAAAUGGCUGGCCCCAAGUAUGAUCAAAUGCAUCUUGUCUACCAUUGGCUUUACAAUUUUACAUUCACUUCACAGGUUUAAUAAAAAAGAAAAAAUUCUAAUUAGGGUUUUUAAGUUUUACAUUUUCUUUUGUUACUGGUAGGAAACAUGUAAAAUGGGGACAUUUUGCUUUCAUAACUUUUGUUAACAAAACAAUUAAUCUAUAAUAGCUGAUUUUAAAUUCCCUUUGUGCAUCUGUUUUAUAUCUGUCCUGACAAUUAUUUGCCUCCAGGGAGGAAUGAGUUCCCCAAAUAUUUUUGUACUCUCAAGCCACAUAAAAUCAAGUUCCAUUGUAUUUAGAGGAAUUUACAAAAAAAAAAAUCUUAUGCAUUUUUUAUAAACUUUGUUUUGGAAAUCUUUAAGUAUCAAUGAAGAGACAAUGUUUAGAAAGGUAAAAGAAAGUCGGUAAGUACAUACAGAUAACUGCAGGGCUAAGAGUUUUUAUUACACUGUACCACAUCACGCAUGAGAUUAACCAUCAUUAUGUCCCCCUGAGCUCAAACUGGGAAUUGUCCAUACAAAAGUAGUCGAGACACAACAAAAGCCAUCUUGGAGUUAUUCUGCGUAGUGAACUGAUUGAAUGAAUGAGUAAAAGAGAAGAAAGUGGAACAUAGCUGUCACAAUAUAUGUAAGGGAACCCAAACACACAGACUCUAAUCUGCAACAGUGUAUGUUACAAUCUGUAUUAUUGGGCCUUAGUGUGGCUUAACAUAUAAAUGGUCAGAGAGAUAGCCAAAACCAAGGGUAAGAGAAAUUAUAGAAAACGUUAGACAAGCCAAAUAUCAGGAAUACAGAGAACAGAAUAAACUGUAAUGAAGCCAAGGUCAGUAACAGGAGAUCAUAAAUAUCACAAAAGCACUAUUUGGCUAAACAAGAGCCACAUAAGGGCUAUUGGGAUGAGAAAGGCCGGGUUUUAAAUACCCGUGGCUCUGUUAGGAUUGGACCAUUUCAAAGAUGAGCGCCAUAAGGUGUGAGGCUGGUGGAUUGCCGAUUUUUCCUCAUUUGUGUGCGUCGAAUAGUCGUUUUGGGGCACUCCAUUCAGACAUGGGUUCCAUUGUGUGUUUUCACAUCAAUAAUAAUUUCACACCCCAAGAAAUUGUACAAAAUAUUGAACUUAUGUUUAGGCGUCUGUUUAUUAUUCAGUUGGUAGCAUUCCUUGAUUUGUUUGUUUGAACAAUCAGUCUCAGGAAUUAUAUAAUCAGUAAAGUUUCCCAGUUCAUAUUUGUAACUUCAUUAUUUUUUUAAAAUUUCUUUUAGGGAUAUUAUAAUUUAGCACAGCUUCUUCAAGAAGGGAUUUCUAUACCUGAACGCUUUUUACAGUAUUUGGAGAUUGACCAGUCUUUUUAUGGAAAUAAUGAAUCUCUUGUGAUGGAAUUGUAUGAAAGGUAGAUAUUAACAAUUAUUAUUUCUAAAAAAAUGUGUAGAUUAUAUGUUACCUAAUAAACACUACCUAACCGCUAUAGCAAUAUAUAGCUAUUGAAAGGGACAUCCGUAUUAAAAUUGUCAUAUUAAAGGGCUUCUCCAGGAAUACCUUAUGAAUACUUUGACCUGAUUCCCCUGUAAUGGGGUAAACCGACUUAGGUGUGCCACCUUAUGUGUCUGCUGGGUUCCAGGUCUGCCUUGAGCACGAGUAACACACUUCCUGCAAACUGAUCCAGAUGCCAUUCAUUUGCAGAGAGCAUCAGUUGACUGCCAGUGAAUGCAAUUAUAUGCAUGAAAAUUCUAUUCCAGAUUGGUUAAUGAUGUCCCAGUAAAACUGACAAACAUGGAGCAGCACCGGGGUUUCACAGCAAAGAGCUACACAUACAGACUCCAGGCACCAUGACCACUUCAAAUGACUGAAAUGGUCGUGGUGUUUGGAGUAACUCUAACUAUUUUCAGAAUAAACAUUAUGUUCCGAACAUUAUGAGUUAAAACAAGACAUUCUCUACAUAUUUAAUGUGCCUUCUGAAAAAUCAUGACUGUGCACGUACAAUACUUCAACUCCUAGAAUGUGCACUCAAAACCUGACGCAAUGAGAAUGACGACGAUUUACUGCGACCAUGGUAUUUUUUAGAAUGCAUGCAAUAUAACUACAUGUUUGCUAUGAAAGGGAGAUUUUAUGUCAGGCAAAAAAAGAACUUUGCAGGACUUGUGAGCAUUUCAGAUAGUUUGUCUAUCAAGCCAUACAUAGUAGGUAGGGACAUCCGCAAUUGCGUUAUAGUUAAUAACUAAACCACACUUUGCUGCUCCUAGUGUGAAAUGCACUUUUGUGCAUUCUCUCAGAUGUCUGCUGGUAAUUGAUAAAUGUUUAGUUUGCCUAAAUUAAACUGUCACUCUGAGGGCAAUAGCAACCUGGAAUUAUUGCAAAGUUGAUGCAGUGAAGAGUACCCUGCACCUGUUAUCUGAUCUAUGACUGCAGGAUUAGAAAGUCAGCCUGCACAGGUAGGAAGGCUCUCCGUUUCCUCCAAGGAGGGAAAACCAACCUGAAACAGGGGAACAUGUACGGUGUGCAUCUUUGACAAUCACUAAACAGUUAGCUGUGCUGUGUGUACACUGAUAGCAGCCACAGUGUGACUGUUAUCAGUUUAGAAAUCAUUUCUAUUCAUCCCAUGUGAAGAGUGGAUCUCGAGCUUGGCCAUAAACUGCUUAUCCUAUGAUCCCUGUGCACAGAAGUUUAUGGGAAUCCACCCCAUACACUAGAAUGAGAGGCUACUGAAUGGUGGUGAGGAGAAUCUGUACUCAGUGUCCGUACGCUUUGCAGCUUCUGAUCAAAUAAAGUAUGAAUUUUUUUUUUUUAAACAGACGAAAGUAUAGGAUAACUAACGGCUCCUUACCCAACACUAAAAACAGUAGUUUUAAGGUGAAGCUGGCUAUCCUAAGCACCUAUAUGAGCCUCCAGGGGUCUCUCAGGGCUUAACCCUAUAAUAAACUAUAAAAGACAGAAAAAUGGGUGUAUACAGAGACUCUCAUCAGAAAAAGAAAGAGAAUCACUAUAUUACCUGGAUAUAUCUGUAGUCUUAAAGGACCACUAUAGGCACCCAGACCACUUCAGCUUAAUGAGAAGAGGGAGGAGAGGAGGAGGAGAACUCCCCGCCCGGCACUGGAGAAAGAGGUAAGUUUAACCCCUUCCUCUCCCCAGGGCCCGGCAGGAGGGGGACCCUGAGGGUGGGGGCACGAGUAUGUUUUCCUGGCACUCUAGUGGUCCUUUAAGGGUAAUGGUAGAAUGCAGUAAUAAGGAUAAAGUACACCAACAAAAAAACUAAUGAAUAACCACCUAAUAAAAUGAACUCCUAUGUCUGCAAAUAUGUAUCAGCUCAGAGUCUGUCUAAAUAGAGUAAAAAUCAAUGUAAUAAAAUGAGCUUUAAUACAUUGGCUCAAAAAUAGAGACUUCUAGACCCCCAAUAAACUGCAGUCAGCUACAUAAAUACCAGAUCAUCCCAGAGACAGAUAUAGGCUAUAUGAUAGGUGGUAUAGUCUCUGCCCCAACUGAGGGAACAGAAAAAGGAUUGUGUUCCCUAGAUGCAGGCAAGAUAGCCAAAUACUGCCCAAUUACCAAAAACAUAUAUGAAUACAAUUGGAGGUAUUGUCAGAUCUCGCCAAUAGAAAAUACAUAUAUGUAUACCAAUGUCGUUAACAUAAACCUGGGAGACAGGUACUAGCCAAGUAUAAAGUAUGGAGGAGGAUAGUAAUGAAAAGUCUUAUGCCAGGCAAAAAUUGAACUGGCAAUAGUUAAAGGACCACUAUAGGCACCCAGACCACUUCAGCUUAAUGAAGUGGUCUGAGUGCCAGGUCCAGCUAGGGUUAACCCUUUUUGCAGUAAACAUAGCAGAGAAACUGUUAUGUUUACUUUAGGGUUAAUCUAGCCUCUAGUGGCUGUCUUAUUGACAGCCGCUAGAGGCGCUUCCGCGCAUCUCACUGUGAUUUUCACAGUGAGAAGACCCCAGCGUCCAUAGGAAAGCAUUGAGAAUGCUUUCCUAUGGACUGGCUGAAUGCGCGCGCGGCUCUUGCCUCGCAUGCGCAUUCAGCCGAUGACGGAAGAAGAGGGAGGAGAGUACCAGCACCGAGGGAGCCCGGCGCUGGAAAAAAGGUAAGGGAUUAACCCCUUCCUCCCCCCUCAGCACCACGGGAAUGGGACCCUGAAGGUGAGGGCACCCUCAGGGCACUAUAGUGCCAGGAAAACAAAUAUUUUCCUGGCACUAUAGUGGUCCUUUAACUUGCAAAGCCUCUCUCCCUGCAAAACUGGCAAGAUAGGCAUAGGAGGAAUAAAUAAUAAGAGUUGCAUAUUAUUAGUCAAAACGUACUUAAAAGUGUGCAGUGCCCAUAAUCCACCCUUUCUCUGAGCUGAUACAUAUUUGCAGACAUAGGAGUUCAUUUUAUUAGGUGGUUAUUCAUUAGUUUUUUGUUGGUGUACUUUAUCUUACCAUUACACUUAAGACUAUAGAUAUAUCCAGGUAAUACAGUAAUUCUCAUUCUUUUUCUGAUGAGUCUCUGUAUACACCCAUUUUCUUUUUAUUUUACUAGAUAAAUGAAUAAAAAGUUAACCAAGGGAUAGGUCAAGGUGUCUUCUACUGGCUAGAACCAUAAGCCUGGGAAGACCUAUGACCAUAUCCCCUUGUCAAGCAGAGAGGUCACCUAGUUGUUAUUGUAGAACAGGGGAUAACCCUAAUUACUAGAAUUAGAAAACUAAAUUUUGUAAUUUUUUUGCAUAUUUGUGAUUCAUGUAAUUCAGUUUACUACCUAUAGGGAAAGUUUUUUUUCUCUACUCCAGUUGAUUGACUUAAAAAGCAGCAAUAAGGGGGUAAAGUGCACACUGUCCACUUUAAUGUGAGGGUAAUUACAUCUGCAGACCGUGUGUCUAUAUAUAGACACUCCAAUUUAGAGAACCAUAAAGUAAUUGGACAAUUGGUUGCUCAGCUUUUUGUUGGCCAGAUGUGUGUUAGAUUGUUAGUAAAUAUACACAGAAGCUUAAAUAAGUCAUAGAGGUGAUUCUAUGUUUGGUUAUGCACUGGGAGUCUUUUCUUGUGCUUCAUUUGUCUCUUAAAAAAGGGACCAAUGCUUUUGAAGCAUACCUAAGCCUCGUGUGUCCCAAUAUUCAGAAAUAUAAGCUAAGUAGAAACAGUGAUACCUAUGUCUGUCAAUGCCUUUUACUAUCCAGUUUCCUACACAAUUAUGGUUGCUAAGACAGCGCAUACAGUGUGUAUGGGAUGCUUAUUAGUACGGCACACAUGUACAGGUUCACUCACAUUUUCCGUGAUGAUUGAAUGCGCCACAGCUUCAUCUGGACAAAACAGAACUAGUUCUUCAUUGACAUAGAGCUCCAGUGUGGAGAUGCCAGUGUACCAGUUUACUAUUCUGCACUGAUUGAUUUGCAUUGCUACUAUUCUUAAUUCUCUAAUAAUGAUUUCUGCUUGUUCCUGGCUAAUCUUGUUUACUACAUGUUCUGAGACUUUGUCUGUUCCUAUGCAUCCUUCUUGCACCUACCAAUGACUUUGUAUUAUCCAUAUCUGUCUGCCAGGGUAGGUGUCUGCACAAUGUCAGGUGAUGUCCAUGGAUUUGAGAUUCUGGGCAGUCAUCCAACCAAGUACUGGACAUAACAACUUUGUAUAAGAUUAUCUUAAUUUGUCCAAUUACUUCUGAUCUCCUACAAUUGAGGGACUAUGUGUAUAAAAUGCUGUAAUUUCUUCAUAAAUCACAGUUCGUGGAUGUAUUUUACCUUCUCAGGCAUUGUUUAUCUUCUCCAGUGCACUGGAGCAAAGAAAAAAACACCACAACAACAUGUCUUACUGUCCACAUAAGUAUUGGACUGUAUAGGAGUAUAUGUGGAGAUGGACCUCUCCUUAAUUAAUAUUGUUUUUCGUAUACUGUGUGCAUUACACUCACAGAGAGAAAAUAAAUGGAGUGCGCUCCAGCUAUGGAUUCAAUGUUCACUUUGUGGUAUUUUUUUUUUUAUAUUACUCAGGUGCCAGAGUCACAGUAAUGAGGAAGUGAUAAGCCCAUGUUCAUUGGUGUUACUUUAUCAACACGUUACUGCUGCAUGGAAACUGAUCCUACACUCAGCCAUGGUAUGUUACGUGAUUGCAAAUUAUAUGCUACAAUGACAUUGUGUUACUGGAAAUUCCGUUUUAUAUGGUGUAUGCUAGCCAAAUUCAUAGUAAAUGUAUAGAUUAAAAGUAUGUAUGAAACAACAUUCUGUGGGCACCAUCCCUGAUUUUUUGCUGUACCCCCCUCUUCCAGUUUCUUUCUCUCACUCACAUUGCCUUGCAUUGUUAAAAUACAUGACAUUUACCAGUACUAAUAUACCAUUUUACAUUAGGUUGUCGCUAGUUUCUAUGUUUGUUCUAGGGAGUACAUGCUAGAGUAGCCUUCUUUCAUUGGCCCUUUAAAAAUAAAAGUCCUUGACCUUGCUGGUCUCUUUGAUUCAUAUUUAUGUCUUUAUAUGUAUUUUUAUCUUUGUAUAUGAUGUAUUAAAUAUACACUAUACACUGAUCAGCCACAACAUUAAAACUACUGACCUUUGACGUGAAAAACAUUUGAUUAUAACGUUAAUAUCAUGUGUUGGAAUCAGAGAAAAGAGCCCAGUGGCUUUGACAAGUGCCAAAUAGUGAUGGUAGAUGACUGGGUCAGAGGAUCUCCAAAACAGCAAGUCUUGUUGGGUUUUCCCAGUGUGAAGUGGUUAGUACCUACCAGAAGUGGUGGAAGAAAGGACAACUUGUGAAUCAGUGUCAGGGUUAUGGGCCCAUUCAGACUUAUUGAUGCACAUGGGGAGCAAAGGCUAGCUCAUGGUCCGAUCACAUAAAUUAAUUACAGUAGCUCAAAGUGGUUAAAAAAAAAGUAAUGCUGGCCAUGAUGUUAAAACACACAGUGCAGCACAGUUUGAUGCGUAUGGUGCUGCAGAACCACAGACUUGUCAGAGUGCCUUCAACGGGGACGUGAGUGUAAAAGCUGGACCAUGGAGCAAUGGAAGAAGGUUGCCUGGUCUGAUGAAUCAUCUUUUAUUUUAGAUCAGGUCGAUGGCUGUGGGCAUCAUUUACCUGGGGAAGAGAUGGCAGCAGGAUGCACUAUGGGAAAAAGGCAGGCUGGUGGAAGCAGUGUUAUGCUCUGGCCAGUUAUGUUCAGCUGGGAAACCUUGUGUACUGGCAUUCAUGUGGAUGUAACUUUGACACAUAACACCUACCUAGAGGUUACUGCAGACCAUGUACACGCCUUCAUGGCAAUGCUGUUCCCUGUUGGCAGUGGCUUCUUUCAGAAGUAUAAUGCACCCGGCCACACUGCAAAAAUUGUUUAUGAAUGGUUUGAGGAACAUGACAAAUUACAAUAUGGUGCUUUGGCCAGAUCUCAAUUUGAUUGGGAUUUGUUGGAACAGCAAAUCCAAUCCAUGGAGGCCCCCACCUCGCAACUCGUAGGCCUUAAAUGAUCUUGGUAGCCAGGUACUUGUGGUCUUGUGGUGUCCAUGCUUUGAAGCAUCAGAGCUGUUUUGGCACCACAAGCGGGACCUACAAGGUAUCAGGCAGUUGGUUUUAAUGUUGUGUUCUGAUCAGUGUAAUAUGUACUUGUAUAUAAAGAUAUGCUUUGUGUAUACUGUAUGUAUUCUGUGUUACAAUGUAUCCUCUUAAAAGUAUCUAUGAAUGACAUCUGAUUUAAAGACUCACUUGUAAUGCCUUUCAAGAAGAAAAUGUUUCUAAUGAAGUUACUUAAAUAUAUAAGUAUAAUUUUUUUCAGCAAGUUUCUUGAUGGUGUCAGUCAUUGCUGUGUAAAUAAAAUUCAUCUUAUUUUUUAUUUUUCAUUAGAUCUAUGUGUUGGGUUCUUUUAUUCUCUCCCUGGCAGUUACAGUCUUUGUGCGAUGUAUUCAUGUUGGACAAGGUAAGAACAAUCAAAAUAAAAAAAAAACUAUUAUGUAAGAUCUUAUAGCAAAGAUUGUGUAACCUGAUAAUGAGUAAACUAACAUUAAAUGUCUGUCAGGUCUAGGACUGAAUCCUCAGAUUUUUUUUUUGUGUCAUCUUUUGUUUGUGAUCUUUGUGUGGGUGCUCUGUAGAGGUCCUUUGACAGCUCCAGGCCAUUAAUAGAAAUAUACACUGCUCAAAAGGGAACACAAAAAUAACACAUCCUAGAUCUGAAUGAAUUAAAUAUUCUUCUGAAAUACUUUGUUCUUUACAUAGUUGAAUGUGCUGACAACAAAAUCACACAAAAAUAAAAAAAUGGAAAUUACAUUUUUCAACCCAUGGAGGUCUGGAUUUGGAGUCACACUUAAAAUUAAAGUGGAAAAACACACUACAGGCUGAUCCAACUUUGAUGUAAUGUCCUUAAAACAAGUCAAAAUGAGGCUCAGUAGUGUGUGUGGCCUCCACGUGCCUGUAUUACCUCCCUACAACGCCUGUGCAUGCUCCUGAUGAGGUGGCGGAUGGUCUCCUGAGGGAUCUCCUCCCAGACCUGGAUUAAAGCAUCUGCCAACUCCUGGACAGUCUGUGGUGCAACGUGACAUUGGUGGAUGGAGAGAGACAUGAUGUGCUCAAUUGGAUUUAGGUCUGGGGAAUGGGCGGGCCAGUCCAUAGCAUAAAUGCCAUCGUCUUGCAGGAACUGCUGACACACUCCAGCCACAUGAGGUCUAGCAUUGUCUUGCAUUAGGAGAAACCCAGGGCCAACCGCACGAGCAUAUGGUCUCACAAGGGGUCUGAGGAUCUCAUCUCCGUACCUAAUGGCAGUUAGGCUAUCUCUGGCGAGCACAUGGAGGGCUGUGCGGCCCCCCCAAAGAAAUGCUACUCCACACCAUUACUGACCCACUGCCAAACCGGUCAUGCUGGAGGAUGUUGCAGGCAGCAGAACGUUCUACACGGCGUCUCCAGACUCUGUCACAUGCUUAGUUUGAACCUGCUUUUAUCUGUGAAGAGCACAGGGCGCCAGAGGAGAAUUUGCCAAUCUUGGUGUUCUCUGGAAAAUGCCAAACGUCCUGCACGGUGUUGGGCUGUAAGCACAACCCCCACCUGUGGACGUUGGGCCCUCAUACCACCCUCAUGGAGUCUGUUUCUGACCGUUUGAGCAGACACAUGCACAUUUGUGACCUGCUGGAGGUCAUUUUGCAGGGCUCUGGCAGUGCUCCUCCUGUUCCUCCUUGCUCAAAGGCGGAGGUAGCGCUCCUGCUGCUGGGUUGUUGCCCUCCUACGGCCUCCUCCACAUCUCCUGAUGUACUGGCCUGUCUCCAGGUAGCGCCUCCAUGUUCUGGAUACUACGCUGACAGACACAGCUCACAUUGAUGUGCCAUCCUGGAUGAGCUGCACUACCUGAGCCACUUGUGUGGGUUGUAGACUCCGUCUCAUGCUACCACUAGAGUGAAAGCAACGCCAGCAUUCAAAAGUGACCAAAACAUCAGCCAGGAAGCAUAGGAACUGAAAAGUGGUCUGUGGUCACCACCUGCAGAACCACUCCUUUAUUGGGGGUGUCUUGCUAAUUGCCUAUAAUUUCCACCUCUUGUCUAUCCCAUUUGCACAACAGCAUGUGAAAUUGUUUGUCACUCAGUGUUGCUUCCUAAGUGGACAGUUUGAUUUCACAGAAGUGUGAUUGACUUGGAGUUACAUUGUGUUGUUUAAGUGUUCCCUUUAUUUUUUUGAGCAGUGUAGAUUCCCAGUACACUACAGUAUAAACUACUUCAAGUGUACUGCCGUUUAACUAGGGCAUUUUUUUUCCAAACCUGAUAUUUACUCAGCCAUACUAAAGCUAUAUUCUUAAGAGCGGGAGAGAUAAGAAUUUCAGACCCCACCUAUAAUAUAGGAUUUUAUUUCAAGCAUAGUAAGGUCAUAGGCAUACAUUACUGUGCAAACCUACUACAAGUAAGAGCAACAAAUAAUUCUCCUUGUUAUCAAAUAUAAUAUUAAUCUAAAAAGUGUUAAAACCAAGCAGUGCUGCAUAAAAAAAUACAUUUUAAAUAAAAGUGCUGUUACCAAACUUUGUCAUUAUCCACAAUGUGUACAAAACUGCCAAGAUAUUUCUUAUAAAUUUAGGCCUAUUCUUUUUUUUAAAGCAGAUAUGAAGAUGAAUUUUGCUCUGCACGGAUAUAAAUAAUUAUUUAAAACCUUGCUCCCGCAGAUGGAAAGAUUAACAAAAUAUACUAUACUCUAUAUAUUCAUGCUAUGUGCAGAAAUAAAUAUUGAUUGUGUACAUUUGUUUGUGCAGCAAUAAAGACUGAUUACAUACACUGCCACAACAAAUGAAAUAACUGAUUGCAUAAACUGCUGUUAUUCACUAAUGUCUGCCCAUCGAUCUGCGUUAUCUUAUAGCUAAACUCAAAGCGCUUAGUUGGUGAAAUCUCCUCUUCCAUCCAGGAUUUUGCACUUAUGUUGGCACAUUAUUAACAGCCAACUACAUUUAUUUUUUUUAAUAUCCUUCCAAAUUUAUGUGUGCGUAACUUAAAGUGUUAAGCAAGAAUUACAAUUUCUGUCAGUUUUAAAACCUUAAGUAAAUUAACCUUUACAGAAAUAAAACCUUGAAUAAACAAACCUUUAUAGAAUCAACAUUUAAAUCGCACUGGUCAUGACUAUAUAAAGAUAUUAACUUGUACCUGGAUUAGCCUCACAUCUCGUGUUACAAAGAAUGCUAUAGACACACAGGGCAAGUUGCAUACUAUAGACACACAGGACAAGUUUUUGAGAGCUUAAUUGUUAAAGUUAAAAACCUUUUUCACAAAACCUCCCUGAAUAAACAACUGACAAAAUAUUUUCAUCCAACACAUUGUAAACACAAGCUUAGUUUUGCUUCAGUUAGGGGUUGAGAUCCGCCAGCUAGUAAAAAACUAAAUUUGCCACGUCGGAGAUUUCUCUCAAUGGCACCAAAAAAACUUUUACAAUUUCUUUAAAAUUUGAAAAGUGAAGUUUUUUAAAGGAUUUGCCAAAAAAUGCUCACAGCACUUACUGUGUGCUCUCUGAAAUGGAGCAUUAGCCAACAAUAGCUACUUAAAUAUUUAAGUGCAUUAUCUGCAUUGAUAGAGAUUUAAUUAUCUUUGUUGAUAUUUGUUCCUUUAUCAAUGUUGACACUAAGCAAAUGUUUUUUGGUAAAGGCUUGACAUUCACUUUGAUGAAUCAGAAGAUCCUAAGAAGAAUUGAUGUAUAUUGUUACAAGAGAUAUAUCUACACUGGUUUAAACAUAAAUAAAUAUAAACCAUCCCCUUGGUUAUGCUGGGGUAUGACCGGUGUCAUUCAGUUUGCUUUGUUAAUAGUCCCUGAGUAUAAAUGACUACAUAUUAUUUACACAACUUGGCUAUCUACAAAGGUCCUCUCGAUAAAAUAAUGUCCCUACCCUGUAUAUUUACAGCAGGGCCGUUAGCCCUCCUUCUCUGAUUUCUCUUAUGACGCGUUUUGCCCCAGUCACACAGCCAACCCCAAUCUGCUUCUUUAAAAGAUUAUGUAAAGAAGCAGAGUGGAAGCACUUAUAUUGUGUAACAAAAAGGGUAAUUCAUUAAUUAGUCCCAGAGUUCUGACCAAUGAAGAUGGAGUAAAGGCAAUCCUGUGUGCUAUAUAAUGAGAAGGGAUUAACGAAGAAUUGGAAGAAGCCCACGAAAUUGGGGCAAGAAAAUGUAGAAAAAAAAAUAACCCUUUUUUUUUUUUUGCAGAAAUGUCUGAAUCAUCUGAAAAUUCCAACAAUAUGUCUGAUGGGGAAAACAGAGGAUCUUCUGCCUUGGCACAAUCAAAUUUAGAACUUGCAGGUUUACAGAGAUGGUAUGUGCAUCGUUGGAUUCAGACCAUGGAGCAAACCUUAAGAAGACACAGAGAGUGGCUAAUGACAGCAUUGUUUGCAAGCAUUUGCAUGGUCUAUGUGUCAUUUUUAAUGCAGUCCGUGUGAGCAAAGAAAAUACGCAACACAAAUACUUUCUAACAAACCACUUUAUGAAGAUUCAGAAGUUCUGUUUUCCACAGGAGGCUCUGUCCUACAAAAACUGGCAUUUCUGGCCCUCAGGAAACAACUUUAUAUAUACAACUUUAUAUAGUUUCAUUUUAUGCAUUUCAGUGUGGUCUCUAGGCUGCAAUUCUUGUGGAAUGUUAUAUUUGUUUUGACUCUUAUUUAAUACCAGACAUUGUUGCAGGUUAAGUAAAUAUUUAAUAGGCAGAAUUGUUAAAGGACACUAAUAUGAUUAUCAAAUUUUUGAAGAAUGAUUUACAUAAUUAAACCAUCUAAUUAGGGCAAGUUAAUUUUUACCAGUUCUAUCAUGUCCUAAGGGCUUCUGGUUCUUGUUAGACCAUAAAAGAUAACACACCAAAACGCCAAGCACAGUAGAGCAAACCACUAGCACUGUAUUUAUCAUGUAAAAUGAUAGGAUACCUUUUGUAUGUGUCCUGACUAGAGUACAAAUCACCCCUCGGCCUGAAUAUCAAAGUACUCAGUGUACACUAAUUGUGUAACUAGCUAAGCUAAUAAAGUAUAUGGAACAGAAUUUACACAUGGAUAAAUUCUUCCUACGUGGGUGUUGUGAUUAUGGUUUACUGGAAUCUUAUCUCUACAUAAUCAUUUAUGAUUUAACAUAGUAAUUUAGACUGAAAAAAAGACUUAAGUCCAACAGGUUCAACAUUUCCAUUAGUGAUGUAGCAGAAAGGUUAUAGAUAAUAUUGGUCAAUUAUUUUAGCUCUAAAUAUUUUAGCUGUGCCAAAAAAAAGACAUUGUUUUAAUUUCAAGAAAGCAAAUUCCAUAUCUUUAUUGUUCAUUCUGUAAUGAUUUAGGUAAAAUCACUUUUCAUUAAGUCUUCGUGGAUGAUAUCAAUUUCUCCUUCUAUGCGAAAUUGGAAAGGACUCCCAGGGUCCCAAUCUGAUUCAAUGACCACUGUUCAGACGUUGUUUUACAUUAUCCUCUGUCGAAACUCUGAUAAGAAAUUCAAAGAUCAUUCUCUUACACAGCUUACAACUUAACCAUUUACAUGUUGCAUGCAAAUAGAAAGUUGAUGUUGUGUAUGUCAGGGCUUACCUGCGUUGGGAGUCUGGCAGGCAGAGAUAUAUGCUCACCCUUGCAAGAAAACAAUAUAGAUUCCAUCCCACAUUUCUGCAGGUCCCGGAGCAAUAACAUGUUGUUUUCAAACAAUAUUUUUAUGCCAAUACAUGGGUUAUGGUUGUAAUGGACAAAGAGCUAACAAUGGAUUACACAAUUGUAUACUUUUGGGAUUUGCAGCGUAAAAAUACAUAUUCAACACGUCGUUCUGGGAGAAUUCUGAACAUGUGAUACAUUUUUCUAAUGUUUUCUUUGAGAUGUGUAAGUGACAUGCAAGAUAUGGUAUAUAAGACAUCUACAUAUGUAUAUAUGUCUAAGAAAAAAAAUAAAUAUAUAUAUAUAUGUUAAGGCUCUGCCUGGAGUUGUGGGAGGGGCUUGAUGUUGCGUAUAAAAGGGACUCCCCCUUUCCUACCCUACUGUUAAUGGUCCGGCGAUCUGCAUUUGGACGCCGGGUCACUCCACUGCUUCCUGGGUCCUGUUCGGUCCACGAACCGUGAGACUGCCCGAAAGGGUUACUACACACACGCACACAACUGUUGCACGACUAUCAUACCUCACGUAUCGUUCAUUUGGGACUUUGUAUACAAAUUCACACCUACUUACCUCACUAUUUUAGGUGUCGUAUCCAUUUCGGUAAUUUACUAUUUUGACUGAAUACAACCGAACAAGUCGCUCUAAUUCAGCUUUUGUUUUCACACUGACCUCUAGCGGUUACCACAAUUGUGACACCAUUCGGUAGAUUUAAAUUCUGCAUUAUGUUCAUGAGGAGUUCACUUAAUUUCAACUGUUUCAGCCACUCUAAUCACGCUAUUUGUUUCAAUGUUAUACUGCCCCUUGAGGUUAUAUUUUAUGCAAACUAAGCUUGUACCAUUACAAUUUGAGAUUUCACUUUAUUUAGUAAGACUAGGAUUUCAAAUGCUUAAGUUUUGUUUCCAAUCAGUUCCCUUGACAGUACAUGUGCGUUCUUCUAUGUGUGUGCCUGACUCCUCCACAAGGUCACUUCUAAAUUUAAGCACUCACUUUUAGAAAAUGAGUGUUAACCUUGUUGUGCAAGCGACGCAGAUUCUUUAUUAUAAUGUUUAUUUAAAAUGUAGUUCUGUGUGAUGCAUGUACCCUAGUAGUCAAUUUUUGUUCAACAAUAUUUCAGGUCAAACAUGUGCUUUACUCUCAGCUGUCUCCCUGGUUAUGCUUGAAUGUUAUGUAGCAUUGUUCUCUUAUAUGGUGUAUGUAUUUCAGGUUUUGUCUGUGGAUAUAUUUCUCUGUUAAAUAGAUCAGGUUAUGGUUCUUCCCAUAGGUAGGUCAUUUAAAGGUUCUAAAGUAUUCUACAGUACUGUGCAGCUUGUAUUAACAGUCAAACAUAUAUAUAUAAAAUAUAUAUAUUUAAAUUUGUGCACACACACAAAUGGUGUUGCACUGGAGAGUUAACAGUGCAAUGCCAUUUGUACCUGCUGUGCACUCGACUUGUCCACCUGUCUACAUAUAUCCUAGAUAGAAAUAUGAUCAUUAAUAACGUUUAUUCAUUACUGAUGUAUGAAAACGUGCUAUAAGACGUUAGGUCAAGGAAUAUGUGCGGCAAUGGGUUCAUUGGGAAAACAAUAUCCCAUUCACGUGCGUACUCCUGCACGGUCUGCAGGCCAGCUUAUAGGCAUGUCUUAAAAGGCUCAUAAAAGCAACAUUUUUUUAGAGUUAUGGUGUUAUCGAUUUUCAGAGUAGCAUUUGCUAUUCGUACCUUGAAUCUAAUGUCAGUAGCUAGGUGUUUGUUAUAUACUCCUUCAGGGGUAAGACCGUUAAUAGUUCCUUAGUUUUACUGGCUUAAUAAUACGUAUCCACGUCCUUGUCAUAUCCUGGUUGAUUUUCAUUGCUUUUACUAAUCUUGUUCUUCAGCGUUCCCCCAGUCUGCUACUGUAUUAACCCCUCAAUUGUUUGCAAGGUUUAUUUUAGUCUCUUAUAUGGUUACAACAAUUACCUUAGUCAUCGUAUGGCUCAUCGUAUGGCAGAUUCCAGAUUAUCAAUAUACACGGUAUUCCUUACAUGUUAUAAGUUAGUUCAAGUUGGACCCUUAAUGGUCUUCCAGUAACUGUCACCUAAGUCUCUCCGCUCAUUACUAAUUUCGGUUCACAGGUAAGUGGUCUUUCAUUAACGCUAUAUGUUCAUCACGACAAGUUAAUUCAGUUGACCAGGUUUUACCCAGCCUCCUCACUCCUAUCGGGGCACGCACCAAAAAUACAUGUUUUCCUCUCUUUUAUAACUAUAUGUAUAGGCCAGUGGUAGUCAACCUUUUUCUUCCUACCGCCCACAAAUGCAUCUUUCUUGAUGGAAAAAUGUCCUUACCACCCACCAGUUUUCACGCAAGUGCAGAAUAUUUUUUAGAAAGGAGGGUGUUUUUAAAAAAAAUAAAUGUACGAACAUUUAUAUUUUUAUUUCUACUUAAUGCAUGUUUAUAAUGUUUUUAACGUUAUAAAAUUGAAUGAGAAAACAAUAAAGUAAAUUGAAAUUA